AUGCCUUCCUCCUCAAAAAAGUACGGGCCUAUCACUCUGAAUUGUGAUAUGGCACACCACACCGUUAGUUUAGGGGAUUGUAGCGGUCUUUCAUGAAUCAUUCGGGGGUUAUUUUGAGCCCAGUAGCGGAAAUUUUUCUUAUUCACAGCUCCACUAAGAUGAAAAUGUGCCUUGUUGGUACUGACGCUUCUGACGUUGUUUGUUGUUCAGGAGCGGCUUGACAAGAGGAAUACGACAUCUGAAGCCCAUGUCCAGGAUCCGUCUGUGUGUGUGUCAUGGGCAUGAAGGGGUGCUGCCCAGAGACAGCACUAUCCUUUUAAAUGUAGGAACCAAUUUAGCAAAGAAUAAAUGCAAAAGGACACAAUGAAUAGUGCAAAUAAAGAAAUAUAUAUUAAAGAGAAUCAAAGUACUAAAAGAUAACAAAACAACAUAUAAUAUAUACAAAGUCACAGAACAAAUGUAUAUAACAAUAUAGGAUAAGCAUGAAUAGUGCUGGCAGUGAAUACUUAAACAGUCCUUUACUAGUGGUGCCUGCAGGAUUGUGCAGGCACAAUCCAGUAAUAGGUAGGGCACAGAUCCAGAGUUCACAAGGCAGAUAUACCAGGAAGCAAGACCAGAGGCAAAAUAAAUGAACCGGGCUGCAGGGUCAAGAUCACUGGCAAUAAGGCAGCUAACACGGUACCAGAACACAGGAGCACACAGGAACGAAGACCAGGAGGACACAGGAACGAAGGACCAGGAAAUGCAGGAUACAGGGCCAAGGAACAACAUGCAGGAUCAAGGAGUCAGGAGUCAGAAUCACAGGGAACCAGGAACCGGGGAAACAGGAGACAAGAGACAAUGGUCUGACAAGGAGUGAGGGGAGAAACCAAACUAUAUAGGUGCUAAACAAGGACCAGGUGAAGUGCUAAUGAAAAGAAAUUAGAAACAGUGCCAAACAGAGAUAGUGGUGUGAAUGGGUACUGCACAAGGGAAUGUCAACUAAGGGGUGUGUCGUGACAGUGUGGUGGCUCUUGAUGCACUGACUCCAGCCUCAGUCCACUACUUGUGAAAGUCUCCAACACUUUUGAAUGGCGCUUUCCUGACAAUCCUCUCCAGGCUGCGGUCAUUCCUGCUGCUUGUGCACCUUUUUCUUCCACACUUUUCCCUUCCACAUAACUUUCUAUUAAUGUGCUUUGAUACAGCACUUUGGGAACAUCCAACUUCCUUUGUAAUUUCCUUUUGAGGCUUUCCCUCCUUAUAGAGGGUGUAAAUGAUGGUUUUUUGCACAACUGUCAGAUCAGCAGUCUUCCCCAUGAUUGUGAUUCCUACUGAACCAGACUGAGAGGCCAUUUAAAGGCUCAGAAACCCUUUGCAGGUGUUAUGGCUUUUUAGAGUGGGACACUGUGAGCCUGGAAUAUUGCACCUUUUCACAAUAUUCUAAUUUACUGAGAUUGUGGAUUUGGGGUUUUCAUGAGCUGUAAGCCAUAAUCAUCGCACUAAUGACCAAUCACAGCUUGAACUAUCUUUCUUUGCAUGUAAUGCGUCUAUCUCAUAUAUUAGUUUCCCCUUUUACGUCGCAUUACUGAAAUCAAUGAACUUUUGCACGAUAUUCUAAUUUUUCGAGUAUCACCAGUAUAAUGUGUUUGGUUGUACUCUGUGUAGCCCCGUCCUGCUUGGCUUUCUUCAAGGAAAAGGGCUGUGAUCCGCAGUGGUACAGUGGUGGUGUGGUGGAGAUUCAUACUCACUGGCGGUCCAACAGGGAUUAACUGUACCUGGUGGUCCAACCUUUACAGUACCAACUGACCACCAGUGAACUUAGUGUCCCUCCUCCCUGGUAAAGGACCAAUUUAAAAAGCGGCAAAAUCCACACACAGCAUCCACUAUACACAUACUGCAUCCACGAUACGCACACACUGUAUCUACUACACACACUAUACGCACACAUUGUAUCCACCCUUACCCAUGAAACCAUUUAGCCAAGGAUCUCAUUUGUGGUCUGUCUCCACCAGUUGCAUGCUCAGUUAUGACAGGGAAUAGUUAUGCAACAACAAAGGCUACAUUUCUUCUUUAAGUUCACGCUAUUGUUUAAUUGAUUUUUGGUGUCACCUUUAUAAAAUUUAAUAAAGUAAAUACUCUUUUUCCAGGUUUCAUUAAAAAUUAAACAAAUCUAUGCUUGAAGCCUCCUGCUCCUGGCAUAUAUUAAUUAUGAAUGAGAUUACAUAUUAACAGAGGAGCUUUCCAUUAGCAAAUCAGAUUGAUUUAAGAAGUUUGUUACGCAUGAACAACUUUAAAUUUGACAAUUCACUAACAAUCCACCGAGCCUCUGGCAUGACUUAGAUCUGGACCACCAUCGAUAGGCCAUGCCAGUUAGUCAAUGGAUGCUGUAACCUGCAUCUCGUAUCAUGCCUAAUCAGCCUUUGACUCUCUGCUAGGUGACUGCAGCUAUGCUGUCAUUGUCAAGCUUUUACCUAAAUAAUAAACCUGGCACAGGUUGAUAAAUUACUAUUUCAGAUCCCUUUAAACCCAUAAAAUCAAGAGACCUGAACCUAAAAAGCUGUGUUAUUAAUAUAUACCCUCAUCAAUAUGUUUGCAAGAUAGUGAGAUGUUUGCAGUUAAUUGUGUGCAUUACAAGAACUGCCUUUCAUACAGAAACAGCAUAUUGACUUUACUUGAAUUUACACGGUGAGAUUAGGAAACAGUGUGAAAAGCAUGUGUAUAAUCUGGUAAACAUUAUUUGCAUUUGUCACUAUUUUCAUUGUUGAGUGAGUGAUUUGGGGGAGCUGACUUGCAGUCCAAGAUUUUUUUCUCUGAAUCCAUGGAGCACUCUCUAUAUAAGGGAAACAUCUACUCAUUGUAAGAAUACUCCAUAAUACAUAUAUUAAUUUGGUCACUGAUUCAUUUCUAGCUGUUGAUGUCUGUGCGAGGCACUUUAACCCCUUAAAGACACAUGACAUGGGCAUAGAACUCAUCAGGAUUAAUUUGGAUCCAGUUUGGAAAUUUAUAGAGGAAAAUAAAUCCCAUGAAUAAUAUCCAAAAUAAACCUUCCAUAUUGGCCUGAUAUUUACCAUAUGAUUUUCUACAUAUUGACCUUAAUGAAUACAUUUGUAUUGUGUGCUGAAUGUGCACAUGGAAUGCUUAAUUAUUCACAAAAAAAUUAAAAGUAAUAUUGUUUUUGAUUUUCUUUUCAGGAAAAACAUAAUUUAGAAGUGGUGAUGGCUCUUCAGGUAAAUAUGUACUUCUUAUGUUAAAUCUAGUUUUGACAGAAUCAUCUGCUAUUAAAAUAGCACCUUAAGUACAUCGUAGUGACUACACUCCCAGAAGACUUUGGUGGCUGAGCCCUAUUUUUGCAUAAAGCCAUAGCCACAAGUGCUGACAGAUAUCUGUAACUGCAAUAGUGGAUAGUUAUCUUUUUCCGUCUGUUCGAAAAAUGCCCACUUGUGAGUAUUAUAAUAAUAUGAAGAUGAGUGUGAAGCUAGGGGAUUAAACAAUAUUAUAUUAAUAGAAAGGAAGAAAACAUCUUGAUGUCAACACAUUUAAAUAUAUUAAAUUAUAUUUAGGAUCCUCCAUGACCUGUAUACACAUUUAUAUGAAAUCAUAGGGAACUAUAGAAAUAUUCUAAUAAUAUAUUGGGUCAACUAAAUGUCCAAAAAUGAGUUUAGUGAUUUUAAAAAUUAUCUAAAUCUUAGUUUGGUUAAAUAAGUUUAGCCUUCUAUAUGUCAAUGCCUAUAUUUCUGAAAUUUGCUGUAAUGAAUGUCACUCAUUGGUAAAAAGGAUAAUACUGUAAUGUUGUCAGUCAUUUAGAAAUCCACUUUCAGAGAAAGCUGAGAAAAACAGAACUGUAAAGGGCAAGGCCAAUCCAAAAACAAAGAAACUUGAAAAAUGUGAUAGUUCCAAUUACAUUUAUUCCACAUCAAAAAAACGUGGCAACAUUGCAGCUAAUGUUAAAUGGAAGUGAAAUGUAUAAUUUUGAUACUUUCAAUUUUAACAUUAAAUAGAACAUUUAAAAUUUGCUUGGCCAUCACAUAUACUUCUUCAAAGAACACAUUUAUGACUAGCGGGUAGUUGGAAAUGACUUCAGAAGAUACUGCAGAGCUUAUCAAUUCUGUUGUUUGCCAUGGAUACAAUAACCAAUAUACAUUUCAUCUGCAGUGUCAUCAAGUAUUGUUUGUGUCCAGUAAUGUUUUUCCAACACAUAUUGUCCGAAAAAUUAUGCAGCUGUUUAUUAAAUCUGUCAUUUUUUUCACCUGUUGCUUUUUUUAUACCCUAACUAUCAUUUUUGAAAUGACACAGUUGUUUGACCAGUUUUUCCCCCCAACAGAAUAGUGUUCGUUUUCAUUUCUCUCUUUUUCUGCCACUCUAAGUUUGGUGGUCUUCUGAAAUGGAAGUUUCUGUGAAAACCUGUGCAAUUUACAACAAAGAAACCAUCACUUAAUAAAAUAUGAAAUAUGAAUGAAAUAAUUUAAGGACUAUUUAGAAUACUUUGAUAAAUAUCCCUCAGCCCUAGCCAAUCGCAUCCAGUCGACGCACAGCAGAUAUUAAGGAUCAUUUUGUCAAAAACAGUUAUAAAGUUACGUGCAUUUUGAACCUUCAUAUAUGUUGUUAAAAGCAAUAGAGAGAGUUAGAGUCACUAGAAGAAUAGAAAGGACAAAGAAAGGUAGGGGUUAGUGGUUUAGGAUUAGAAAUAAUAAUUGUGUCUAUUAACAAACACAUACAAACAAUUUAAUUUCCUACUGAGGGUAGAUGAUAUAUUUAUCUGUAUUUUUUUUCCAGCAUUUUUAUAUAGCAGUUUAGCUAUGUGUUACAAAUAAACCACACAUUGAGCUAUAAUAAAACAGAUUUGUAUGAUUCUAUUUGCACAAAUAAAUGAACAUUGUUAUAAUAUGUACUAAAUAUGUUUUUGCCCAGUCUGUUAUUGUGAAUACAGCAUGUAUUUAGUGAAUGCCCGCUCCCACAGAUUUUGUUCAUAAAUAUUUUUUUCACAAGAAUAAGUAUUAUACAAGCGUUCUGCAUAUUUAAACAUUAUAUUUUCUGACAGGUGGGAUACAAUGAAGAUGCAGAGUUUCACAGACAGCAGCCAACUAAGAGAGUCUCAUUUCAUCUUCCUGCUACUUUAACGGAAACACCACAUCGGGAUCCAUUUAUCCAGAUAUCACCCAUGCCUGAUAAUACAUUAUUAGCUGUUGGUCAAGAUGGCCUGAUCUCGGUCUGGACAUCGGAGCUUAAACUGAAGAAAAAUCGAUUUAUUCUGGUAAAUAAGACAAUGGUGGUCAUGUAAUUGUCACAUUCGUUUUUACGCUGGCUCCAGUUUUGUGCCCAUUUGUCAUUUUUUUAUGUAAAAAUGUUACUUCACCCUUCAUACAAUGAUUACUUUUUUCCCAACACUUUUUAUUCUUUUUCUCUGUUGUCUUUUUUUAUUCCUUCUUUGAUUAAUUUGCUCCUUUUUUUGUUUCCUGCUGAUUUUACCACUUAUUGCAUGCACAAAAUAAGACAAAUAUAAUAAAUAUUACUUGGAAAGAAAGAAAUAUUAGAAAUGUGAAAGAUAUUUUUUAUUCUGUAAACAAAAAAGAACUGGAAUGGAACAGGAAAAUAAAAUGACCAAAGAGGGGCAGUAAAGAAUAUUCUGGCACAAUUAACGGAAUGAAAGCACAUUUGAUACAUAUAUAUAACCCUUGACCCUUGUUGUUUAAACAGAUCUUGCCCUGCCUUGGGGCAUGUGUAACUCUAGAGAAGGUAAGUAAAAGGGAACAGAGAAGAAGGCUAGAAAACUGGGCAUUGAUAUUGAAUUGAACUAAACACAUAAAGAAAAGUUCAGUUAAAGUGUGCGCCAUGGAAUAGACAGUAACCAAAAGCCUUAAUUAAAACUGUGUUAUUAAGUGUUGCUACCAUUGUUGCUUUGUGUAUGUGUUGUGGUGUGAGGACCAGAUUAUCUGGUCUGGGUUGUGUUCAGUAUUGCCAGAGGCAAUAAAGCCUUUGAAUGCAAGUGUGAUGCACAUGCUCGCCAUUAGUAACACUAUCUCAAACAAUAAUUCAAUGACAUUAAUUACCAUAUUCUUCAUUGGAUGAUUCCCUAACCCUUAAUUUAUCUCAACAUGUAUAAUUUGAUCUCUAACAUAAAAUUUAAAUGGAGACGUCUUAUUACCCAAUUAAAAGGAUUGCUAACAAGUCAAAGCACAGAAUGAUAAGAUUUCAAUGAGACUUUGGUUGUUUUACAUUCUUCUUAUUAGUAGUAGUAGUAUUUAUAGAACCAACAUGUGUUAUUAAACACAUACUUGAAUUUUGUUUACUUUUGAAGCUGUACAUUUUUUAUAGUUUUCAAGUUGCUAUGUGCUAGGUGUGAGAGAUUUGUUAUGAAACUGUCAAUGGUUAACUUUGUACAUUUACUGUACUGUGAUCCUAAAUGCCUACCGAAUGCUACCAUAAUUCAUACAUUUUAAUAGUUUGGUCAUCAUUCAAAUUAAAACAGUCACAUUUGGUUCUUUGCAUAUUUUGCAAAGACCCUCGAAGGUGACAUGUCCGAUUAAGGUCUGCUUGCUGCGGAGUGCAGUGGAAAGUAGAUGUACUUACUGAAGCUGUCCCUUGCGGCAUCUACCAUUUCAUCUAGGGGGCCCUUUUAAAUGCAGACCAGGUGCUGCGGCUUAUGGUAUCUUUGGAUUGUGUUGGAAUGUCAAUGAAAUUACAAUGCAGACAGAAUGAGCGUUUCAUAAAGAUUCUAACUUUAUAAAAUAGUCAGAAGUAACAGUGCCGCUUCAAAGAAGAAUGUCUCUCUGUAUAUACAAGAAUUAAUAUGGAGUAGAGUCUAAUCUAAGCAUUUCAUUUAAAUAUAGGUAAUGGCAUACUAAUUAUUCCCUAGCUGAUGACAGUUGUGAGGAGAUAAAAAGGGGUAAAACAUAAACCAUCAUCCCAUAGUACACAGGGUGACAGCACCCCGAGCAAUUAUUGUGCCGUUGUGUGUUAUGAUCACUGUUUUAGCAAUAUUUGUAAGUCUGUGUGAUGACAACAAAAGUAAAAGGUAUAGGGCUGAUUAGAGUGAUUUCUUAAUAAAUGGAUAUAUUUUCACUAAUUUCAGUACCCUGUAUCACUAAUAGGAUGAACACAAACAACCGAAUAAAAAAGUAAAAUGGAUCGCCGACUCAACUCUUAUGGUUCAAUACAAUAAGCUCAUUAUUGGGACAUGGUAAGAGCUCUGGUAUUUUAAAUGGAAUUUAAGGAAUAGCUAAAGUAAUAUAUGCAAAUUAGGAUUGUGCUUUUUAGUUUGUUGGGUUUAUCUUGGAGUACGGAUGUGAAUUUCGAUUUACACCUAUCACCUAGUCUUUUGCCUAUACUGCUACAUUUAUAAGUUGAUUAAUUUUUCUGUGCUCUGACAUGCUGUGCGUACACACAAUACAGUCAAAACCAUGCACUGAACUUACGUACCUAUAUUAUUCUAAGGCCAGGAAGAGGGAACACCAUACCUCUCAAGUGUCCCUAUUUAGGAGUGACAGCUCUUAUUUUGGGUCCAAAUACCUCUGUCCCCAUUUUCUGUCCCAAUGUCUGACUUUUCUAGGAGUUCAAUAUUGUUGGUGUAUCGGAGUGUAUAGCAGAGCUCCACAGUAAAUCUACCAGUAAUGUGAUGGUAACUUACAAUAAAUGUAUUUAUAAAUUAGUCUGUGUAAAUAAGGUACAUUUGCCUCAAUUUUUUUAGUUUGAAUCAGCACCAGAAAUUAUUCCAGUCUUUUCAAAAACCUUUUCAGAUUUAUGUACAAAAGUUUAAUGGUGACUUCUGUAGAUAAUUUGAAUAGUUUUUUUCCAACGGAUUGUAAUAAUUUCUGAUGUGGAUUAAAAUUUAAAUUAAGGCCAUUGUUUUUUUUCGUUUUAAUUGCAUAUAUAUGUACUUAGAUGGGAACUACAUUUUUGCAGAACAACCCUGUCCAUUUACACUAGAGAUGUGCACAAAAACUUGAAGUUCUUUUUAGAAAUUCUUUUAGUGCAUUUUUUUCUUUUUUCCCCCCAUUUAUGCCAACAGUUACUUACCUAUUUGGUUUGAUAAACAUUUGGCAAAAUUAUAUUUUAUUGAAUAAUGUCUUUAUGGCCCACUGACUGCUAGCGCUGGGGGAACAAGCGUUAUCCUAUCCAUGUGCCAACUGAAAUGUAAAUGUAAACAAAACACCAAAAAUAAGCCUGGGGUAUAUCCCCCAGUGGUCCAAGGGGGGAUUAGAGGGUCUGUGGAUCUGUGAGUCUGUGAGGAGGGUUCUCAGAACCAGGAGCCUGGCCGCUUCUCCUGGCCUUCCGUGCACCUACCCCAGUAGGCCUCAGAUCCGGGUAAUGGUAAAUUCCGCAGCAACUUGUGUAGAACCAAGCCAGAAGCAGUGUGUGCAGGGUGUAGGUCUGCCUCCUACCCCCACCUGUGGUCUGCGGUUGGGGGCUAUUUGUUAUUAAAGGGGGACAUAGAAUUCCCCCAGCCCAGCCUCUACACAUAAGUGGUGGAUGGGAAGCUCUAAUUAUAAUACCUACUGUCCCCACAGCCCCAACCCCUUACCUCCCACCAAAACUGUCUAUAAGUUUCUCCCCCGGUGGUCCCAAGCCACUACCUUCUCUCCCUCAUGCUAAGUUUGAUGUAAUUAAGAAUACGAAUGCACAUGCCUACAGGCCAAUCCAUCACUUACACCCUUUAAAUCAAAGUGUCCCUCUUAGUCAGUUUGAAAUAUUGGCAAGUAUGGAAUGCCAGUGCAAAAACGGUCUCCAGUUAGGAAAAUCAUUUUUCUUUAAAUAUCAUUUUAGAUUUAUAACAGUUUGAUUGAUUGAUCAUUUCAUUAUUUUCUUUCAAAAAUAUUUUAACAGUUUAUUUAGAAUUAAGUGCAUGAUUUUUGCAACCAUUCCAUAUGUAUAUUUAUUGCUCUUUAGGGUUUGCGGGCUUGGAUUCUUUCAGGCGGCUUUAAUUUAUUUUAUAGUGAGUGUAUAAACAUAUAUACAUUUAUAUCUGUUUGCAUUGGGGAGUGACCAUAAUCUACUCUGCUUCAUGGGAGCUUCAUUGAGAGAACUGAGAACUGGAGAAGGAAUUAGGCCUGUGGAUUUUUUCCCUCUCAGUAUACAGUAAAAGGAACUUGCCUUGGUUCACAGCAUCCAACACUGGAAGACUUACACCGGGGCUCAAUAUGCUCUUAAUCUACAACCAUAUUUAAUUCCAUCUUUCUAUAUUGUUGAUGACUUUACUUUGCCUUUAUUAAUUCUCUUUUAUUUAUUGUAUUGUGAUUCUCACAGACUGAUUUUGUUUAUUUCUGACAUACUUGGAUGUUGGCCCCAUACUUAUUAAUAUGCACAACACAAUGUCUUUGUGUCUAAGUUUAUUUUGUGAGUGCAUUAGAAAAUGUAUUUACAUUUUAUUAAAAAAAUGUUGAACUACAAUUUCCUUUAUUGUCUGGCCAUCAAAGAAUUCUGGGAAAUGUAGGCCAUCAAUAUUUAAAGAAAAUAAAAUAAAAAUAGUUUAGUUUGCUGCACACCAAUUUUUUUUUUUUGGUCACAUUUUGUAUUUCUUUGUGAUGCAUAUCUUUGUCUGUUUUUAGAGAUCUUAUUUUAGUAUAUAUUAACCCCAAACCAUUUCCUUUAUAUUCUCCUUCUCCUCAUCACAUUAUAUAAAAGAUGACCAUCGAGUGUCAGUUUACAUGGGGCAUACUCUGGUUCCUGUAUACACCUUGCUUCCAGGGUAUAGAGAUAAAUAAGAAGUAAAAGAAGUGCAUGCUGAGAAACAUUAUCAUUAAUAACUAUCAAAUUGUUUUAUUAUUUAUUAUCAUUUUAAAACAUUUAUAUUGUUAGUGACCGAGAGAUACGUCUUUAUGAACUUUCCAACUUUGAACCUUAUUGUCAAAUUGUUGGCCUGGAAACACUGCCACUUCAUUUAGGCUACAGGUAAUUGGAUUUUGUUUACUAUUUUUAAUAAAUGUGAACCACAGGCAUAACCCGCCUCCCCCCCUAAAAAAUAGAUUAGCUGUAUUAUACAAAUCAACAUAUUGUAUCUAAUGUGAGCUUUAUAAUUAGUGUCUAAUCAAUAACAUUAAUUAACAGUAAUUUAAUACUAUUUGCAGAUAGUAAUGACCCUGUAAAAGCAUGGCGGGUUCAUAUCAGAGGUACAGAAUUUGUAAACAAGUGCUGGGCCGCAUAUUAAAAGGUUACUAUAACCCUUUUGAGAGGGGGGCUUUUCUGGUGUAAUAUGCACUAUAGGGCAAUGUGGGGUCUCCACUCUCAAUUCACUGUAAAACCUGUAAAAAAAAAAAAAUAGGUUUUACUUAUCUGAUAUUCAGCACUGGGCAAAGAUCUGCUUUUCUGAGCCCCCUCCUGACGUCAUUGGGACUGCACGUUGAAAGCUGCAUGAGAAGCCUGUGAUUGGAUCAUUUCGCCAGCUGAGAGCACAUGUGCGUGCUCCAGGCCAGCGAGGGGAGGGAGUCGGAGGGAGCGGAGGGUUUUUAAAAAACCAAACACCAGAGCUGCAUGGAGGGAGGUGGGAUGGUGGGAGGGGAGAGCUACCUUCUCCAUACAGGAUGUGCCUGCAUGGAGAAGAUUUUAACAUCUGUUGACAGCUGACAACAGAUGUAAUUUAUGCACAGAAUUGACAUUAGGCAGCCUGAAACCAAUGUCACAGCAACUAGUCCCCAGCACACCAUUAAAACACUGCACAUCCAGAAUCCUACCACCAUGACCACUUCAAAUCGGUGAAGAGUUUAUGGUGGUUGGAGUAACCUUUUAAGCAAUCUAUGCUAAAAUUAGGGAGGCGGCUACUCUGUCUACUGGCAAAUCCAGCCCUCCACAUAAGCACUAACAUUGCUACUUUUUUUACACCUAUUAUGUCUUCAUGUAUUAUCAAUGGUUGUAUGUAUCCGUUGAUUAUUAAUAAAAGCUACACGUUUGUUUAAUUACGUCCAUUUCUGUUUAUAUGCUGUUUUUCUAUUUAUUCCUUCAGUACAAGAGAUGCAGAUGAGUGUGUCAUAUAUUUUGGUGAUGAACAGGUAAGUUAUUGAAUGUUUUCACUGUAAUAGAAAAAAACCUGAUGUUAAAGGAUCACUAUAGGGUCAGGAACACAAACAUGUAUUCCUGACCCUAUAGUGUUAAAACCACCAUCUAGCCCCCCUGGGCCCCUCAUGCCUCCAUAAAUAUAGUAAAAUUCUUACUGUAUUCAAGCCUGAAGCUGUAACUCUGCAUGCGCUGGAUUCAUGUAAGUCACUGAAGGGGUUUUAAUCUUCAGGGGGGCACUGUAGGAUUCUAUAUUGAAUCCCUUUAAAGUAAAAUAUAUUUUCUUUUUUUUUUUUUUGCAUCAAUUUUUUUAUAUUCUUGCUUUGUGUUUCAGGGAUGUAUCAACAUCAUUUUGGUGGCACAUGUAGCAGAAACAUUAAGGUACAUUUGAACUGCAAAUGUUUAUUAUGCAGGGUUAUCUUGCCUUGCAGGGACACAGCAUUAAACAAGUAAUUCUACUAGCAUUUUACACAAGCUGUCCCUAUAGGCUAUACGCCUAGGACUACUGGCAGAUAAUAUACAGAGUGUCUCUCCAUUGUGUAUAAUCAUUGUUCCAUUGUCAAAAUAUGAUUAACUAAUGUGAGGUGUGUAGUGGAUGUAUGCAGUGAUAACCCAACAGAGGUGGAAUGAUUGAUUACAGCAUAAUAAGGGUUAAAGGACCACUAUAGUGCCAGGAAAACAUACUCGUUUUCCUGGCACUAUAGUGCCCUGAGGGUGCCCCCACCCUCAGGGACCCCCUCCCGCCUGGCUCUGGAAGGGGGAAAGGGUUAAAAACUUACCUUUUUCCAGCGCUGGGCGGAGAGCUCUCCUCCUUCUCUCCUCCUCCGUUCCUCCUCCUGGGCUGAAUGCGCACGCGCGGCAAGAGCUGCGCGCGCAUUCAGCCCGUCGCAUAGGAAAGCAUUUACAAUGCUUUCCUAUGGACGCUUGCGUGCUCUCACCGUGAAAAUCACAGUGAGAAGCACGCAAGCGCCUCUAGUGGCUGUCAAUGAGACAGCCACUAGAGGAUUAGGGGGAAGGCUUAACCCAUUCAUAAACAUAGCAGUUUCUCUGAAACUGCUCUGUUUAUAAAAAAAUGGGUUAACCCUAGCUGGACCUGGCACCCAGACCACUUCAUUAAGCUGAAGUGGUCUGGGUGCCUAGAGUGGUCCUUUAAUCUGACUACCUUUAACUAAGAUUUAUGAAGUGAACUGUGUCUGGAAAGCAAUGGAUACAAUCUUGAUGGUGUUAAGAGGGAUUUGUUUUUUAAUCAUUAUAUGGUCUAGUGCACACAAACAGUGAUUUUUUUUAACCCUUUUCGCCCACUGGAGCAACUCAUGUGUCUGUCUGAGAAUGGUGGUGUUUGUGACUAUGUCCUCUUUACAUCCUUUUAUUCAUCACUUGUUUUGAACAAUAUUGUUAUUUAUUUUAAUUAACAACAGGAAUUGGACAAAGAGUCAAGUUAUCGAUGAAAUUCCCUCCAUUAAUAUUGAUAACAUAAAGGACCAUGGUCAUGUUAAAUACAUUCGCUGGAAGGCUCACAAUGACUGGGUGACACAGGUAAGGUCACAUGUAUAAAACAGAUAAUUGUAGAACACUAUACUAUUUAAUUUAAGCAAUGCUUAUAUGUCAUCUAUUAAACACAGUCCUGGAUGAUCAUUAGUUUGUUUUGAAUUCUAAUUGUAAAUAAAAGGGGUACCUCAAAAACUACUGCUAGCUGUUCUCUUUGUUUAGUUGAUAGUGCGAGAAGCUCUCCUGUAUUUCUCCAUUCCUCAAUCAUGGCUAUUAUGAUUCCCAUAAAUCAUUGAAGUUCUGUUAGUGACGUCCAAGGGUAAAUCUACCUACUGUGUGGUCAAACAAGUCCAUGUAGAAAUUCUUAGUAAAUUUUAUGGGCUCUCGUAAUGGGCGUCCGCAGGGGGGGCACUUGCCCCCCCCUGGAUUUUUCAGCUUGUUCUGCUGUUUUGUGUGAGAUUUAAAAAUGAACUGCAAUACUGUGUAUGGAGAGAGACAGGGAUAGGAAGCUGCAUCUUAUCCCUGCUUCUCUCUGCUGAUUGAAACCGCAGCAGCAGCCUAUAGAUUUGGGGGUGGGGGGGCAGCAGCAGAUAGAUUUAGGGGGCAGCAGCAGCCUAUAGAUUUGGGGGGGCAGCAGCCUUUAGAUUUGGGGGUAGCAGCCCUUAGAUUUGGGGAGGCAGCAGCCCAUAUAUUGGGGGGGCAGCAGCCAUGGGUUGGGUGAGGCCCAGCAUGCACGAUUUGGGGAGGGGCAGCCUAUAGAUUUGGGGGGGCAGCAGCCUUUGGGUUUGGGAGGGGCAGCAGCCUUUAGAUUUAGAGGCGGCGGCCCGCGGUGGGGGCAGCAGCCCAUGGAAUUUGGGGGGGCAGCAGCCCACAUGGAAUUUAGGGGCAGCAGCCUUUAGAUUUGGGGCAGAAGCCCAUAGAUUUGGAGGGGGGGCAGCAGCCCAUAGAUUUAGGGGGCAGCAGCCUAUAGAUUUGGGGAGGGGGCAGCAGCCUAUAGAUAUAUAGAAAUGAACAGGAAGGGUCAGCAAGGAGCUGGAAGGUAAAGCAGCACAAAGGUAAAGUAGAAGGAGCAGAAAGGGUCAGAAAUGAGCUGGAAGGGGCAGAAGGAGCACAAACAUAAAGUAGGAGAAUGAGCAGGAAGGGCCUGCAAGGAGCAGAAAGGAGCACAAAGGGACAGCAAGGAGCACAAAGGUAAAGGAGCAGAAAGAAUCAGAAGGAGCACAAAGGUAAAGUAGGAGAAGGAGCAGGAAGGGACAGCAAGGAGCACAAAGGUAAAGUAGAAAAGGAAGCAGAAGGGUCUGCAAGGAGCAGAAAGGGAUCAGAAUGAGAAAGUAGCAGAAAGGUAAAAGAGCAGAAGGGGCCAAGGAUAGAAAACAGUGUCAGAAGAAAAAAAAAUACUGUCACAUGAAGGAGAGGAAAAGGAGAUUGGAGCAGGAAAGACAAAUUAAGUGAAUCCUCCACUUUAUUCUGGACACCACAUCAUAAGGCUUUGGUACCUGGGCCUGGCAGGGAAACGCUGGACCUUCUCAUCUCCAAAGGUAAAAAAAAUAUCAGUAUUAAUGUGUUCACUUUUAUUUACUGAGUGUCAGGAAGCACAGAGUGCCGUUGGGUAGGGGUGUUGCUGAUUGGCUAGAGCGGUCAGCUGGCACUCUAAGCCAAUCAGUAGCUCCCCAUUCAUAAAAAAGUUAAAAUAUUUUAUGAACCGGGAACUAGCUAUUGGCUUAGAGCGUCAACUGUCCACUCUAGCCAAUCAGCGGCACCCAUGCCUGACGUCAAUCUGCACUUCCUGACACUCUGUUUCAGAAGCCAAAUACCACUGAGCGACCUGGAGCUGGAGGAAGCCUUUGGGGUUAAACCAUUUGAGAGCGAUUUAACCCUUAAAGGAAAGCGAGCACCCAGGGGCUUCCUGGCAUCAUAGCAUUUUCAUUUAGGUGAAGUUGUUAUGGUGACCAGAAUGGUCCUUUAAUUUGCUUAAAGGAAGACUAUAGUGUCAGGAAUACAAACAUAUAUUCCUGACACCAUAGUUGUGAAAACGCUAUUCACCCUGGCUUUAUGUGAUAAUGGCUAUGCCCCUUCCCUUUCAUGACACUGUCAAAAAGGUACCAAGCAUGGAUGUCAUUACAAUUAUGCCCCCCCCGGAAAAAUUCCUGCGGACGCCCAUGGCUCUCGUAGAUAUAUAUCAGUGUGCAUAAACUUCAGUAACUGAGACUGCUGAUAACUCUAUUUAUUAAAAAAACAUGAAUGGCACUGUGCAGUAAACUAGCAGAUGUACUGCAUGUUCUCAGACACUGUAAAGGCGAACUGCCAUUUCUUUAGGAUUUACACAAUUGAAUAAAACAUUGAAAAUUAGCCUAAACUUGUGUAUAAAUCUGUUUUAUUUUCAGGAGAUGUUAAUUUUUCUUUUAAAUUCGUAUUUAAGAUUUGGCAAAUUACAUCAUAAUCCAGUUCACAGGCAUCAGUCCAGGGCAAAUGUUGCCCCUCUUUUCUGUAUAUUUAUUUUCUAUGCUGCUGCAUGCAAAGGACGGAGCCUACAGCAAUGACUGAUGGAGACUAAGAUGGAGGCACCAGGUUGCAGAAUAGAGACAUUUAGAUUUCUACAUUUAUUUAUUUUUCAUACCUCACAAACACACAGUUUCUAAAUAUAUGGUUAAGUAAACAUAAUAUUGAACCUAGGAAGUUACUGUUUAUCUUUACAUAAAAGCAUUGUAUUUGAUAUGCUACUAUUUAUGGGAAGGCAUUUCAUGUAGGACUGGAUGGCAUUCCCUCCUUUGUACUGAGAUAACAAAGAUACCCACUAUUGCUUUACUAAUCGUGGUAUGUUCCCUACCAGGGAUUUACCAUCUGUGUGUUGAUCUACAUGUCAUACAGAGCUCACCUACAUAACACCUAAUGUUUCAAAUGGACAAAGAGGGGGACACUUUCAUUUUAGGGGUGUGAGAGGUGGCGUGACUAGGGGUGGGGCUGUACUGAGAAUUUUUAGGUGACUUAUUAAUAAUAAUUUAUGCAACUAAAAUAUAAACUAAAACAAAAACAAUCGAUCUUAUUUACACAGACUGAUUUCUAGACACAUUUAUUGUAGUGUAAAGAUACAUUACUGUGAGUUCUUAGAUAACAGGGAUAUUAGGAUAGAAAAGAGGGGCAGAGGGAUUUGGGCCAAAUGUAGGGACUGUAUCUCCUAAAUUAGGAUACUUGGGAGGUAUGCUAGCUAUCUCCAGAAAAAAGGGAAUAUUCUAGGCACUCAUUAAAAUUAAAGAGAUCUAGGCAGCAGUGAAACACACGAUUUCCAAACCUUGUAAAUUAAAAUGCAACCAAAAAAAACUGAAAUACACCACGCCAGAAAAAUAACCUCAAUGUGCAAUAACUACAUGCAUUUACCUUCUAGAGUGUUCCUUUUGAAUAACCUCAAAAAGAAAACACAAAGCAGGACAAAUAAUAGUUGAACAAUGCAAAAAAAAAAAAAAAUUAUAUGGAGGGUUCACUCACAUUUUACAGAGCUAACAUAGAGCUCUGCUGAAUUGUGCACGGACGGUAUAAUCCCCAUCUAUGGAUAUCUGUGGUUCCAAAUGUCAGAAGUCCUCCCAAUUGGAUAGUGCCCAUACAGUAUAUGGGAACAUAGAUAAGAGAUACUCCAAUGGUGAAGUAAGUACUUUUGAAUCAAAUAUAAAAAGGACUUGCUCUAGUGGUAUGAGGCUUGGGUGGUAUGAUCCCCACCUAAGGAUAUUGCAGGUACCUGGAAGCAAGAUGAAAAUUAAAUAGGGAAGUAUAAAAAGUUAACUUUAUUACAUGAAUAAAAUUUAAAAACAUAUAAAAACAAAGAAAAUGGUCCAAUAAACUAUAGCGACCACAUUUAACAUGUUUCUCCUCUCAAGGCUUUAGCAGUGUGGUAGGGUCCUCAAAAGUCUGAGCUUAUAUAGGUAAAUAGUAGUAUGAGAUUGCUUCCUGGUGUGUUGGAUUUAAAAAAAUUCCUGUAUUCCAAGCUGGAAUGUACUUGUCACACACAAAGCGACACAGCGAUAUCCAAGCUUGGUUACUGAUACAUAUAACUAAAUGUGUACCAGCUUGGAACGAACGCUCACGUGCAAUGGCUAUGCGGCACUCCAUUAUGAUGUUAUAUACACCAAUCACAUUAAGUCAGUGAACUGUGUGUAUAGAGUGAAACUCCUUAUUGAUACGCAUCCGUCACGCUGAAAUUAACAAGGCGUAAAUGUAAAACUGGCAAGUGUAUGAUCAAUUGUGUGUCGUGUCACACAGGAAGUGACACGGCGCUUGAGUAUUCCAAGCAGGCGUAUACAGGAUGUAGUUAUAAGCGUCGCGUCACAAGAGAAGUGAUGUGGCGCUGUCACAUAGGAAGUGAUGGAGCCCUGUAGUUUUCAAGAUGGUCAUAAAUACAGUAAGUCUAGAUCGCAUUUCACAGGAAAUGACUCAGCGCUAUUAUUCUUAUAUCAGGCAACGUCCAUGGUGCGGAAACAUCCCAAUGGCCAUUUUUAAAAAGGGUAUAUAUCAAAAAAGAAGAAAUAUAGUAAUAAGAGACAUUAUUAAAAUACAUUUAAUAAUGAGAUCUGUAUGAUUUUCUUCUCACCUUUUCUAGAUUAGAUAUGUUCAUUCUAUGGAAUCCAUUAUCUCAAGCUCCAAUGAUGAUUUUACCGCUCUUGUCAUAGGUGAGUGAUAUGUGUGUAUGUACAACAAAAGCAGCUGGACCUUACCCCAGAAAAUACUGAUAAAUAAAUGUAUAAGGAGUAAUAGAGCCUUAUGUCAGCCUAGGAAAAUAACAUUCUGUGAAUAGUAGUUAGUACAUACACUUACUGUAAUGUAGACAUGUGCAAUUUGUUUCGUUCCAAAUGUGAAUUCGGAUGAAUUUCGGGCAAUUCAGACAUUCUGAUGCUUCCGAAUGUCCGAAGUGCCGAACCGAACCGAAUUGCCGAAUUUUGGAAAUGCCGAAGUGCUUCGGAUUUCUAAAAAGUGGCAAAACAAGAGAGGGAGGGAAAAUUACGUGAAUGAUGACAGGUGUAAGGUUAGGGUUAGGGAGCCCUACAGAUGAUCCGAAUUCCGAAGUUCCGGAUUGCCAAAGUUUUGAAUUGGCAAAGUUCUGAAUUGCCGAAGUGCUGAAUUAUUUUACUUAACCGAAUUUCGGAACCGAACCGAAUUUUUGGCCCAUGCACAUCCCUACUGUAAUGCAAUACCGAUACAUCCUAAAUACAGAUAUAUUAAAAUAUACAUUUCUAUAAAUAUUAUCAUUACCUAUAAGCAACCACAGUGCUGUUCAAUGUGGUGUGUUGUUUAAAAAUGUCAUAAAAGUGAUUUCUGAUCUAGACAAUAGGUUGCAAGGCUCUAUGAUUGUAAUAAAAAAUUAUAUUUUGUAUUGUGUUUUAUUGUCUGUGUUCCAGAAGUGAUAUAAUUACUAAUUAUAAUUCUAAUCAAUAAUAAUUAUUCAUAUAAUGAGAGCUUCAGCUGCUACAUAGCUUAAAGCCUCAUCUCCCACUGUAGUCCUAAUUUAAUAUUGUUGGAUAAGCUUUCUAAAUGAUUUUAUAUUUCUCGAUAAACUUUUAAAAUGAUUUAAUAGUAUGAUAAAUAUUUGAAUUUUAUUUCUAAAAUUUUACUAUUCCCACAGAAAUCUCAACUUUUCAGUGAUGUUAUUACCUCAAAGGAUUCUGGGUGGGCAUAUGCAAAUUAAUUCAACAAAGAAUCAACUUUUUGCCUCAUUAUUCCAUAUUAAACAUGGAUUCCUUGAAGUUUAUGUUUGUUGUAUACAACAGCUUUGAAACACAACUCAGGAAAAGAUGCAAACUUUGUUAUAAAGUCCGAUAUUUUAAUAGGUUGAAAAAUUAUUGUAAAUGUUUAUACAAAGAGAUUUCAUAAUUUGGAAAGCUUAUCCAACAAUUAUCAAAUCAAAGCCUAUGUUAGUAGUUUUAACAAAAAUUAAUGAUACACUUAUGCAUGAGCUGAACACUUUAGUCCAUGGUACCCUCUGCCUCUUUCCAUAAGAUUUGGGAUAGGAGGAUAAAUCGCAAAUGGCACCACUGUACCAUAAGGUUAUUAUUACCUGAUUGGUAAACUUUGCCCCAUUGGGAUUUCCCCAUACCUUUUCUUCCCUUUUGUUUUUUUUCUUUGUUAUAUCUGGGAUCGACCUUAUUGCUCUUAUUUCUUCUACGUUUUGAAAUCUGGUUCAUGACAGCAUCUUCUGACCAUUUUUGCAUUUUGCACUAUGCGGUCUGUAUUGUCUAUUUGCACUCUCGUGACUAAAUAAAUAAGUUAAAAAAUAAUAAGGAUAAUAUUACAGCAUAUAUUUUGGUAAAAUAUGUAACUUAAUGUAUUUUUUUUCUGUUGGCUCUGGACAGGUUGUGUAGAAGGAACAAAAAAUGUGCAGCAGAGGCUCCGAGACCUUAUGGAGUCGAGCAGCACAAGCAGUAGACGUACCUUGCUGUCUGCAAAUAUUCCUCCCAAGAGGAAUCUCAAUGACGAAUCUCUGUUCAAAGUAAAAAGAGGUGUCAAGACAUUUGAUUUUUGCAAGGAAAGCAACAUCCUUGUAACUGGAGGUUUGGACAGGAUAGUUCGUAUUUGGAAUCCUUAUGUUCCUGGGUAGGUAUUAUUAGAACAACUGGAAAUGGUACACAAAGGAACAGAGCCCAAUGUCUAUUCAUCAGAAAAUGUAGCUUAUGGCUGUGUUCAGCUGUAACCAAGACAGGUAUUUAGAAACAUAGAAUGUGACGGUAGAUAAGAACCAUUUGGCCCAUCUAGUCUGCCCAAUUUUCUAAAUACUUUCAUUAGUCCCUGGCUUUAUCUUAUACUUAGGAUAGCCUUAUGCCUAUCCCAUGCAUGCUUAAACUCCUUUACUGUGUUAACCUCUACCACUUCAGCUAUUUUUAAACCUUUGUCCCUCUAAUUUAAGACUAUGUCCUCUUGUUGUGGAAAAAUUAAUACAUCCCUCCUGUCACAUUUCUCACCAUGACAUCCAGAUGGCCAGACGAAAUCACCCCAGAAGGGCCCAACAGGGGAUUUGAACCUGGGUGCUAUAUGAUCCUAAGCCUGCAUUCCUGCCUCUGAGCCACUCCAAUUCUUGAUUUAUAUAUGACAUAUAGUAUACAAAAGCUAUCAACAGCCCUUGCGUAAGGUCAAAGAAAUAAGUAAGCAGCUUUGACUCUGGAGGAAGGAGAGGAAAAAUGUGUUAGAAGAUCUGAUUUAUAAGUGAUUUAAAUUGCCUAUAGAGAGAAAUCCAAAGCUAAAGACAGGAUCUAGAAAUCUGAGCUGCCAUAACCUGCAACAAAUAUGUGAUAUUGUAACCCUUGGACAGUUUCCUAACUAGAGUUUUUUGUUAAUAUUUUUUAUUACAAAUAUAUAACGUGUUUUUAUUUAUAACAUUCUCAUAGUAUUAACUACUUUGUUUGUUAUUGUACCUAGAUGGCCAACUGGGUUAUUACGUGGACACUCUUCGCCAAUCAGCUUCCUAUGUAUUGGGGAUGAAAACACAAAAAUAUACUCUGUGUCUACAGACUGCACUGUUAUGGUAAUGGAAACCUCUUUUUUUGUAAUCUGGUUAAUUAGAAUUUAGAUAAUUGCAUGCUCUUUCCCCCUGUAUAGAGAUUAUUAUGAUGUUUACAUUAAAUGUACACUCCACUACCCAAGUACAAAAUAAAUAAAUACAAAUCACUAAUUUGUAGAUUUAUCCCCACAUGAAACUGGCAUGCAUUAAAUGAUGCACUUUUUCAUUAAGGUAUAUCUAAAAACAGUUUGUAAAAGCUACAGAUCUCUUGUCUAAAGCCUUUGCAAACUCUCCCCUUCUAACCCAGCCCAACUGUCCAAUCACAGACUUCCCAAUUCAGCUCAAUGAGAAGUCUUUGCAAGGCAAGUACUCUGAGCAAUUGUCUGCCUCUUGAGUUUAGCUCAACUGAGCUAACAAAACCUGGAAGUAACAGUAUAAGUUGUCUGACAGCCAGGGGGUGUAACUGGGUUAGUUUUUCCAAAAUGAAAAGAGGACACGCUGAAGUGCAUUAGGUAUCUGGAUUAUUCAUUUAAAAGAAUAGUGAUGCAUAAAAUAAUAAUAAAUAUUUUACUUACUAGGGUGCUGAUGACACAUUUUAUAGGAUGAAGCAGAUGAGCACAUACAAGGUCACAUAUUUAAUUUCAUUAGCCAAUGCAUUGCCAUUGGGUACUGGAGUCAUAGGGAAUACUUCCUUCUUAAUACAGGGUCCUAAUGUAAUCAAAGUAUUCCCAAAUUCCACAGCUUGAGGUGGGGGAAGGAAAAUAACCUCUCACUGAGUGGAGAUAGAGAGGGGCAAUGUACUUGUCUCCACUACUAAAUAGGGAGUAGCUGGAUCCCAAUCUAUUUCUAUAUCUGCCACAAUGCUGCAUGAUUCUACUGCUGCAGAUGUCUUAUGGACCCCAUUCAUUUUUUUAACACUACCUCCUGAUUUUUGGGUGAAGGAUGGUGGACCUCCUGGUUAUUAGGAGUCCAUGGUGACCCCUGCUCCAUUUUAUUGAUGUAUGUACUGUAUCGCACAUAUUAUAUGUUACUGUACUCAGAAAUACGCUUGGACAACAAAUAUAUUUUUCUCCUAUUUAUUGAAUACAGUAUGCAAGUCUUAUCAAAAGAAAUCUGAUGAAUUUUCUUGUCAGUCUUAUUUCCAUUUGCUGCUUAUCAAGCCAGCAGGGUGAUUUAUUUGAUUUUAUUUUUUCAUUUCUUUCUGAAAUAGUUUGAGAGUUUUUCUUGUGCUGGCAAGCUGAGGUAACCUAUAGUCCCAAAAAUAACAAUUAUUAGAUCAGGACUAUAGGAUCUCUUAUAUUAAUAUGAUCACUGUCCACCUUCCUUUGCUCAGUAAAAUUAAAGAUGAAUCUAUUUAAUUUUUGUCAUUUCCAGGACCACGACUCUUCCACUGUAACCUCUAGCUCCAUCUCCUCAAUAUGAGCAUCCAAGCUGAUGUCACUCGUGGCCUUGUCCAUCUAAGACAGGCUUCCCCAAACUCUGGCCCUCCAGAUGUUGCUGAACUACAACUCCCAUGAUUCUAUUAAUGAAAUAGAUAUGCUGAGAAUCAUGGGAGUUGUAGUUCAGCAACAUUUUGAGGGCCAGAGUUUGGGGAAGCCUGAUCUAAGACUUCCCAUAGAGAAGCAUUGAGGACAAGAAUGCAUGCGCAGAAAAAUUCUGUACUCCUCCAAUCAAAUGCUGCUAUUAGCAGCAUCUGAUUGAAGAACCAAGUUUUACUCUGUGAUGGAGACGGAAGAGCCUUUAGUCGCUGUCAGGGAGACAGCCACUAGAAGCGUACUUAAAGGACCACUAUAGGUAUCCAGACCACUUCAGCUUAAUGAGGUGGUCUGGGUGCCAGGUCCAGCUAGGGUUAACCCUUUUUUUUUUUAUAAACAUAGCAGUUUCAGAGAAACUGUUAUGUUUAUAAAUGGGUUAAUCCAGCCUCUAGUGGCUGUCUCUUGACAGCCGCUAGAGGCGCCUGUGUGAUUCUCACUGUGAAAAUCACAGUGAGACGACGCCAGCGUCCAUAGGAAAGCAUUGUGAAUGCUUUCCUAUGGACUGGCUGAAUGUGCGCGCGGCUCCUGCCGCACAUGCGCAUUCAGACGAAGAGGAGGAGAAGAGGGAGGAGAACUCCCCGCCUGGCGCUGGAGAAAGAGGUAAGUUUAACCAUAGAAACAUAGAAUGUGACGGCAGAUAAGAACCAUUCGGCCCAUCUAGUCUGCCCAAUUUUCUAAAUACUUUCAUUAGUCCCUAGCCUUGUCUUAUAGCUAGGAUAGCCUUAUGCCUAUCCCACGCAUGCUCCUUUACUGUGUUAACCUCUACCACUUCAGCUGGAAGGCUAUUCCAUGCAUCCACUACCCUCUCAGUAAAGUAAUACUUCCUGAUAUUAUUUUUAAACCUUUGUCCCUCUAAUUUAAGACUAUGUCCUCUUGUUGUGGUAGUUUUUCUUCUUUUAAAUAUAGUCUCCUCCUUUACUGUGUUGAUUCCCUUUAUAUAUUUAAAUGUUUCUAUCAUAUCCCCCCUGUCUCGUCUUUCCUCCAAGCUAUACAUGUUAAGAUCCUUUAACCUUUCCUGGUAAGUUUUAUCCCGCAAUCCAUGAACCAGUUUAGUAGCCCUUUUCUGAAUCCUCUCUAAGGUAUCAAUAUCCUUCUGAAGAUACGGUCUCCAGUACUGUGUACAAUACUCCAAGUGAGGUCUCACCAGUGUUCUGUACAAUGGCAUGAGCAUUUCCCUCUUUCUACUGCUGAUACCUCUCCCUAUACAACCAAGCAUUCUGCUAGCAUUUCCUGCUGCUCUAUUACAUUGUCUGCCUACCUUUAAGUCAUCAGAAAUAUUCACCCCUAAAUCCCUUUCCUCAUAUGUUGAGGUUAGGACUCUAUCAAAUAUUCUGUACUCUGCCCUUGGGUUUUUACGUCCAAGAUGCAUUAUCUUGCACUUAUCCACAUUAAAUGUCAGUUGCCACAAUUCUGACAAUUUUUCUAGUUUACCUAAAUCAUUUGCCAUUUAGCUUAUCCCUCCUGGAACAUCAACCCUGUUACAUAUCUUAGUAUCAUCAGCAAAAAGACAUACCUUACCAUCAAGACCUUCUGCAAUAUCACUAAUAAAAAUAUUAAAGAGAAUGGGUCCAAGUACAGAUCCCUGAGGUACCCCUCUGGUGACAAGUCCAAGCUUCGAAUAUAUUCCAUUAACCCCUUCUUCUCCCCAGAGCCCGGCGGGAGGGGGUCCCUGAGGGUGGGGACACCCUCAGGGCACUAUAGUGACAGGAAAACGAGUAUGUUUUCCUGGCACUAUAGUGGUCCUUUAACUCACUAAUGGAGAAAUUGCCAUUUAAAGAAAAUGGCAAUGUUUUGCAUUAAAGGUUUAAGCUACAGGAUCACUGCACCCAGACCACUUCAUUGUCGUCUGGAUGACUUUAGUGGUCCCUUAAGACUGUUAGUUUUUAACUGGGCUGAUAUGGGUCAAUCCAUAAAUUCAAAUCAAUAAGCAGGAUUUUUUAGUUUUGAUUUUGUUCAAAUUUAGUCUUAGGAUAGUCUAAUUUUGUCUUCAGUUGGCCUUUUGCAUAUCUGGCCUUAAGGAAAUAACCAUGCUUUCACACAAUGGGUGAUCAUUUGGAACCAAGAGGCUUCUUGGGAUGCUACUAGUCCUACUAGCUGUUUUUAGAGUUUGCUAAGGUAAACACAAUCAUCCACUGUCAUUACACGCCUUAAAGGUACACUAUAGUCACCAAAACAACUUAGCUUAAUUAAGCAGGUUUAUUGUAUAGCUCAUGCCUCUGAAGGUUCACUGCUCAAUUCACUGCCAUUUAGGAUUUAAAUAACGUUUGUUUCUUUUUAUGCAGCCCUAGCCACACCUUCCCUGACUGUGACUGACACAGCCUCCAUAAAAAAAAAAUGGUUUCAUUUUCCGAUUUUUUACAGGAAGUGUUUAGGAAGGCUGUAUAAGUCACAUGCAUGGAGGUGUGACUAGGACUGCAUAAACAAAGUGAUUUAACUACUAGGUGUCAGAGAAUUGAGCGGUGAGACUUCAUGAUCUAUACACCAAAACUGUUUUAUUAAGCUAAAGUUGUUUUUGUGACAAUUGUCCACUAAAAUACAGUACCCAAGGUCACAUUUGCCCUUCUGAUAUUUAUAGUAAUUUUUCAGGAAGUAUAAAAGGAAGAACCCAGAGUAAACUUAGACAAUCCCUUGUAUGCUUUAUGAAAAUGUUAUUACAAUGUUAUACAGAUACAUCACUAGCCUUGCAGAUAGAUCCAUUUCCUAGCAGCAUCUCUUUUAAUGACUGUGGAAUUUGCUUCAAAUAUAUAAAUAUAUACAUGGGACACGUCUGUCUUAUUAGCUUCACGAAAAGUUCACAGAUGUUAGACAAAUAUUCUUCUUAUCCAUUGCACACUUCUCCUGUGCCUGUAUGACUCCUAAAAACAUGAAAAUGAUAUUAAAUACUCAUGUGUUCUUAACGUAAUAAAUCCAUGCUAAGCAAUCACUGUAAAUAACAUUAAUAAUAUUUAAUUCCUUUCUGCACAAUUAGCCUUUUUUAUUUCCUAUAUCCUGAGUUUCAUUGUAUAUGCCAAGACUGUGACAAUCUGGAUUGUUAUGACUGUCAAUAAUAGGUCUGGGAUGUUGAAGACCAUACUUGUCUGAUCAAUGUAAUAUCAAAGGCCAGCCAGAUCAGAGGGGAAAUUGCCACAUGCUGCUUCUCGCCACACCUCAGGUCUCUGUACAUUGCAACCGAUUCCCUUGCUGCACUUCAACUCCAGGAAAAGUAAGAUGCCAUGGCUAUGGUUUGAUUUAAUUCUACAUAACACUGAUAGCUGUGAAUCCCAUAGCAGAUUCCUGCAGUUAAUAUGAAAGUCAUAUUAUGAGUACCCAUUUCAAUAGUGUUAUUGUUGAUCCCAUUGAAUGAUGACUGUUAAGAUUGUUUUUUUAACUUGCGAUUUUUUUCCUUAAAUAGUCUGUUUUUCUAGAUAUGUAAACUUUGUCUGCAGUUCACAGUGAUUCCAAUAAUGGUAAAAGUCUGUACUGACAACAAACAUCAGCAUUGUGCAAAUGUUUCUUAAAUUCCCCAAAUUGUAAAUUUGUCCAGCUGUAAGUGCAGCAUUGAAAUGAUAAUCCUGCAGUUGAUCUGCAGACAUUGUAGAGAUUUCAUUUUAAUAUUUUUUGAGAAGCUUUUCAAAUUAUUUCAUAUUUUUUCGAAUGAUUUAAACAUUUUGAAUAAAUUAAAAACAAUAAUAUAUAUCUAGUAUAUAUAUAUAUAUAUAUAUAUAUAUAUAUAUAUAUAUAUAUAUAUAUAUAUAUAUAUAUAAAUACAAGCAAUGCUGCACUCACUGUGUCUUCCAAUGACUGCCUGGUGCUAGUCUGCUCAAUAUAGAAGGAUAAAGUAGAUAGCAUUCCACUGUCUUUUUCAUCAAUAAGAAAUAACUUUUAUUGCUCCAAGAUAAAAAUCAACGUUUCAGUCUGCAAAUUCAGACUUUCAUCAGGAUGUUGAUUUUUAACUUGGAGCAAUAAAAGUUAUUUCUUAUUGAUGAAAAAGACCGUGGAGUGCUAUCUACUUUAUGCUUUUAAAUAUAUAUAUAUAUAUAUAUAUAUAUAUAUAUAUAUAUAUAUAUAUAUAUAUAUAUAUAUACACAUAAAUGUUUCUUUAAAAAUAUUAAACUAAUUGAAAAGCUUAGACUAAAUAAACAAAAUCAUAGCUAUUUCAUGGAAUAAUGUGUUUGUGUUAAAGUACUGCAGAUUACUGCACUAUUAACAUGGGUCUUUAUUUUAUAUUUUUUUGAUAAGCUUUUAAAAUGAUUUCAUAUUUUUGGAUAAACUUUUAAAAGGAUUUAAUAUUAUAUAAAAUAUUUAAAUUUUGUAAAAUUUCAAUAUUUUUUUUUAGUAAACUUAUUUUUUUUUAUAUGAUGUAUUUUUGAUAUUUUAAUAUUUAAAACAUAAGUUUUAGAGGUUUAUCCAAAAAUAUAAAAAACAUUUGGAAAAGCCUACCCAACAAAGUCGAAGCCAUGCAAAGAAAAUUUUUCCACAGGUUACGGAGAUCAUAGUUGGUUGAUCAUUUACAUUUGAUUCUUAUUCUUUCAAUUCUCUCCAUUUUAUUGCACCAACAGCUCCACACAACUUGGUGUCCCAACUCUCUCACACAAUGCGCCUGUAACCUGCUGUGAAUAUAACCAGAACCUCCAGCAGGUCAUAAGCUGCUGCACGGGAUCUGUAAGUAAUAAGACUACAUGCUGUAGAGGAGAUCCCAUCCAAUAUAUGAUGCUGAACCCAGGGAACUGUCACUUUGUAUGGUGACUUUUUAACAAUGAGGGCAGGGUCUGGAUUUCAUAAUAGGCCGAGUAGGCACCUGCCUACAGGCACAUGUCUUGUUUUCAGCACUGAUAAUGUGCAUAUAAGUGGGCUGGUAGGGAGCAAUAAUUACCAGGAGCCUUGGCCACUGUACAUGGCAGUCCAAUCCACCCCCUAUAUUUGAUAGUAGAGCUGCAGAAACAGACUAUAGAGGUUGUAAAAUGCAAUGGUGCCCAGCUCCUCCAAGGCUUGUGUGUGAGACCGGACAGGAAGUUAACUAGAUAAUUUCCUAUUUGCACACUAACAGCCUCUCACACAUGUAAUGCCUUGCAGGAGGAAAAGGGAUAGCAAAUGAGUGAUGCACACUGUAUAACAGCUCCUGUAGGUCUACGAUCAAUUAUAGGAGGGUGUCUGGACUACAGAAGACAUAGGAGGGUAAGUAAUAUGCAAAUAUCCCUUCAGACCCCAAAUGCCCUAACAGUAAGUUUAACCCAUCCCAAAACCUAUACAAACCCUUUUCGUAUUCCCAAAUUGAAGCAAAGUCUAAACCUGAAAAAAACUUACCUUAACCAUACGAUAUAACCUAAUACUAAAGUUAAGACAAUUCUAACUCUGUAUGUAAUAAUAAUCCUAAAUAUUACAUGGGCCUAAAUACUAAAGUAAACCCCACUCUAUCCCUCAACCAAACAAUCCCAAAUACCCCUUAUUCCACAACUUUAAUCUCAUUUAAGCUUUAAAGCUUGUAAUUCUCAACACUAAAUGCCCUAUGUAAUCUAAAUGUGAUGCUAACCCCCUCUCAAACCUUAAACCUUCUUUUACCAUAACCACUUAUCUUUAACACUGCAUGCGUUUACACAGCUGCAUACACUCACAGAUUCAAACAUAGUACACUACAAGCAGGAAUAUGCACACUCAUACAUGUAUACAUACGCAAUUGUGAAAUUGGAAUGUUUUCUUACAAUGUCCAGUUAAUAAAUGAAUGAAACUCACUUGAUCUGCCUUUUGAUCUUUCUUUUUUCUAAAUAAUGGAGCGGCAUGCAGCAAAAUUCUGCUCUCCAGUACACCCUCCGAAGUCACUUAGGGGGCACCCCACCCUCCCUCACAGUAGUCUCACAGAGCACUAGAUUAGUGAUAUUUAGCAGAAGGCUGCCUUGAGAAGCAGCUGCAUGAUGAAAAAUUAAUAAAAAAAUUUAAAAAAAGAAUUUAAAAAAAAAAAGGCUAAAGAGUCCCACAUCCGUGGCUUGAGUACCCAUAGAUUCCCCCUAACAAUGCCUACGAUCAUGGAAGUUCACAUGCUGCACAUAUCUACAGCAUAUGCUCACUGGGAAAAAUAACAUCGUUCCUCUUUGCAGGUUAUAAAGACGUGGGACCUCCUCACAGGACAACUUGUUUCAGAGGUCACAGCAGCUCAUGGAAGCUCUCCUAUCACUUGUUUAGCCUUGGACCGCAGUGGAACCAGGUAACUCUGAUUGAGAGCUUCAAUGCUCAAGGCACAGUCCAAGCUAAAAGGGACACUAAAGGGACAAUGCUCCUGUCUGUACAAGCUUUAUGGAAUGGCAAUGUUUAAAAUGCUGGUUUUAAAUGCCUCUAGUGUCUCUCUUCCUUUUCGAAUAAUUACUAUAACAAUAUACAGUAAAUGACAUGGUUAUUAACCUACACAAACAAGAAACAACACCGUAGAUCAAUAAUUAGUGUCAUUUACUAAGACAAUGUUUGUUUAACACUUUCUUCCCAUGAAUUCCAAUAAUAUUUAAGUUGAUAUAAUAUAGGAGAUGGCAGUAGAGGUACUUCCUCAGCAAUAACCAAGUUAAAUAUGGUUAUAGAUCAAAUACUGCUCAUAGGAAUAGUUAUGAGUGGCUCAGCGUGACAUUUUGCCAUGCAUGCUCACUAGUCUUCAGCUCUUCCCACAUGAGGAAACCAUGAAUUAGUUCAAUUCAUCAACAUUGAUGAUCUCAGCCAAAGAGGUGGAGCAGCAGUGAGGAGUCCAGCGCAAUGUGGGCUUAAAUAUUCACCUAACACGACUAGGGUGACACCUAGAUACGUAGAAGGACAUAAUAGCAUUAGGAAUACCUGUUUGUAUAUCUAACACUAUAGUGUUUCUUUAACAAAUUAUCUUCUCUAUAUCAUCAUCUAGCAAAUCAGUUGAAAAAAGUAAAAUAUGAGCAAAAGAAAUAAAAACAAACAUUUGAAAAGUAUAUAUGUCUUUGCGUGUGCUUACUUCACAAAAGUGUCAGUAAAAUGAAACAUUAUAUCCAUAACAUUGUAUUUGUAUGUAUCGGUUUUCUUAUGAAGUUGCUAACCCACAUUUAUAAAAGUAUAAUGUAUUGUUUUUCCCUGUCCUCACUUUGUAACAUGACACCAGAUCGUUGGCACGCCGUGUAACCCGCCACCUAUAAUUAUCCCCAUUUCCUCUUUCAGUAUUCGUUAUUAUCCUCUACAGAACAGCCAACUGCCUCGUUAUUAAGCUUUAAAUUCUCCACUUAGUUCAAAUCAUAGCCCAGGUCUAUAGCAGUUCAUAGUUUUCAUGUUAAGGAGACUCUUGAGUAUUUCCAGCCGUGCCACCUGUUUGUGUCACAGGAUGUCUUGUUUGCUUGUUAUUGGAAAGAAGGCCUCGCACAUGCUGGCUUUUUUUUGUGGACUCUGUUGUUUCCAAGUGGGUCUGUUGUUUCCAAGUGGGUCUGCUUGCUUACAGUGAUUAAUAUGGAUAGGGAUAGAGAGAAAGCUCCUGCAGAGUGUUUAACCCUUGGUGUGUCUGCAAAAUGACAAUGUUUUACCUCGAUUGGUUAGAAUUACCAUUGCACCCAGACAAAUUCAUUGAGUUGAAGUGGCCUGGAUGACUUUAGUAGUCCUUUAACAUACACCUUUUACUUUUCAUUGCUCUUAUUGUAGCAUGCAACCAGGGGUAUUCAAGUGAUCACUUACUCUCCUGUUAUAAAGUUGGAUCAAUUAACUGGAGACUGUACAGGAUCCCAUUAGUUGUUAGCUUGACACUUGCAAUUCAAUCUAGUAGUUCCUUAAAGGACCACUAUAGGCACCCAGACCACUUCAGCUUAAUGAAGUGGUCUGGGUGCCAGGUCCAGCUAGAGUUUACCCAAAGAAACUGCCAUGUUUAUGUUAGGGUUAAUCCAGCCUCUAGUGGCUGUCUCUUGACAGCCGCCAGAGGCGCUUGCGUGCUUCUCACUGUGAAAAUCACAGUGAGAAGAUGCCAGCGUCCAUAGGAAAGCAUUGUAAAAGCACUGGCUGAAUGCGCGCGCAGCUCCUGAAGAGGAGGAGAAGAGGCGGAGAGGAGGAGGAGAGCUUCCCGCCUGGCACUGGAGAAAGAGGUAAGUUUAAACCCUUCCUCACCCUAGAACCCGGCGGGAGGGGGACCCUGAGGGUGGGGGCAUCCUCAGGGCACUAUAGUGCCAGAAAAACUAGUAUGUUUUCCUGGCACUAUAGUGGUCCUCUAAAUGAGACAGCCACUUUAGAGGCUGGAUUAACCCUCAGUGUAAACAUAGCAGUUUCUCUGAAAGGGUUAAUCCUAUCUGGACCUGGCACCCAGACCACUUCAUUAAGCUGAAGUAGUCUGGGUGCCUAUAGUGGUCCUUUAAUAAAUAAUGCUUGACCAAGUUUAGUGGAUAGACUCCUCAGGAGAGCAUGUAAAAAAAAUUACAUAGCCAGAGAACCCACUGUAACUAGCAAGUGUGCCAUUAACCCAGUUUGCUCAGCAAGAGUGCCAAUAACCCAGUGUACCCAGCAAGUGUGCCAUUAACACAGUGUACCCAGCGAGUGUGCCAUUAACCCAUUGUACCCAGCAAGUGUGCCAUUAACCCAGUGUGCCCAGCUAGUGUGCCAUUAACCCACUGUAACCAGCAAGUGUGCCAUUAACCCAGUGUGCCCAGCAAGUGUGCCAUUAACCCAGUGUUCCCAGCAAGUGUGCCCAACAAGUGUUCCACUAACCCAGGGUGCUCAGCAAGUGUGCCAUUAACCCAGUGUACCCAGCAAGUGUGUCAUUAACCCAGUGUGUCCAGCAAGUGUGCCAUUAACUCACUGUAUCCAGCAAGUGUGCCAUUAACCCAGUGUGUCCAGCAAGUGUGCCAUUAACCCAUUGUACCCAGCAAGUGUGCCAGUAACCCACUGUACCCAGCAAGUGUGCCAUUAACCUAGUGUGCCCAGCAAGUGUGCCAGUAAGCCAUUGUACCCAGCAAGUGUGCCAUUAACCCAGUGUUUCCAGCAAAUGUGCCAUUAACCCAGUGUUUCCAGCAAGUGUGCCAUUAACCCAGUUUGCUCAGCAAGUGUGUCAUUAACCCACUGUACCCAGCAAGUGUGCUAUUAACCCAGUGUGUCUAGCAAGUGUGCCAUUAACCCAGUGUGCCCAGCAAGUGUGCCGUUAACCCAUUGUACCCAGCAAGUGUGCCAUUAACCCAGUGUGCCCAGCAAGUGUGCCAUUAACCCAGUGUACCCAGCAAGCGUGCCAUUAACCAUAUGCCACAAUGUAUAGCGUCAGUGUUACUUUGUAAUGUUGAGCAAAAUUAGGUGCAGAGAAGUUACAUACAUACUACUCCAUGGAUUUUGCCUGGCAAUGUUUCUGAAACUGCACCAAAAAUAUGUGGUCUGUGGGACCUUUAUUCUAAAUGGCAUGUGAAGUCCACAAUCCACAAGGACUUAAACAAGCACUGAAUAGGCAAAAAGUGCUCAUUUUGCAAAAAAAACUUAAAUUGGGCUUAUUUAUAAAAUUCUUGCUUAUUUAAAGCUGCCAAACCAAACAUCUGGGGCUGAAAACUGAGAAAAGCAGAAAGCUGAAUUCUACUUUGACAUCGUUAAGCAUCCAGUUUCCAUACAAUGUGUCCAUAUACCGUACAGUAGAUUAAAAAAAAAAGUCUAGGAUAAGAAAUCCUAUUCUCAUAAUAAUGAUCUAUAGAAAUGUUCUUGUUUAAAUCCUGUUGUGCAAUAAAAAACAUUUAUUUUCAGAAUUGUAACAGGUGGAAAGGAUGGAGGUUUGAAGCAGUGGAAUUGCAUCCCAAACUCUGUUAACUUCAUGCAAACUCUUGCACCAGGAAGAACAGGUUUGUCCAGAACUUACUAUUUUUCAAUAUUGCCAUCCAGAUAUUAGCAAAGCUGCGUAACAGCACAUGUGAGUUGUUCUCCUUUUUUCUAUUUCAGCUACUUCAAAAGAUGAAUGCAGUGACUUGUCUUAUGCAGAACUGCAUGGUAUACGGUACGCAUGCUUUGUGAUUUAACUGUUGGUUAUUCAUUUUGUCAUCAUCGCUGUUUCUAAAUAGAGGUGGCCUGUCAACAGCACAGUCUGUGAUAUACUUAUCUGCUUACGUUUUCACCUGUUGCAAUUCUUAGUGUGCUGCAAAACCUGCCUUUUCUUUUUAAUAUUGACUGGCAUUCUCUUCAGGUCAUGGUUGGCUUGAUCAUAGCUACUCCUAAUUAACAAAGAGGCUACAAUAAUGAAUGUAAAACAGGUUGUUGAAGAACAAAGGUUAUUUAUUGUUUUGCAACUGCAAAGUCUCAGUAAGACAAUAGUCUUGGAAUACCUGACUGAGCAAAUGUUUACAAGAGAAGAAAGAAUAUAUACCACAAAUGACGUAUUCCAUACGUAUACAAAGAAUACAAAAAUUACAACUACAUUACUAUGGUUACAUCCAAUUAUUAAACUAAAACUAAUCUCUUACACAUGUUAUCUAAUAGUGGGCGUUCCUGACAUUCCACACAUGUGCCCUGGUCCAAGAUAGUUGCACAGCAGUUUUAGCCAUGUGAGUACUGAACCUGUCUUAGACACCCUGUAGCUUCUACCACAGUACACAAAAAGGAAAAAAUAUCCUUUUUGACUUCAUAAUGGCAAUCAGAUUUCUCCCUGGCAUAGCAACCUGUUCGCAUGUAUAUUAAAUAAAGUUUUGAAAAAUGUGUUUUCUCAAACAAGCCAUGUAGGUCUUUUUUUUAGAAAUAUCUACAGAAUCUGAUAAGACAACCUCUUUAAGCACAGAAUUCCAUACCUUUAUUCUUCUUACUGUAAAGAACAUUUUCUUUUGCAGUAAGCAAAAAUUUAUCUUUUCCAGCCUCAAUGGAUGACCACUUGUCUGUUGUAUAUUCCUGCUAAAGAACAGGUUAGGAUAUAACAGUUUGCACUGGCCGCGCGCGCAUUCAAAUUGUCCAUAGGAAAGCAUUUCUCAAUGCUUUCCUAUGGAAGCUCUGCGCGAUGGAGGAGAAAUGUGCCUCCAGCGUCGCGGAAGCGGCCUCUAGUGGCCAUCAGGGAGACAGCCACUAGAGGCUGGAUUAACCCCAAAUGUAAGCAUAGCAGCUUCUCUGAAACUGCUAUGUUGGCAUCUGGAGGGUUAAAACCUGAGGGACCUGGCACCCAGACCACUUCAUUGAGCUUAAGUGGUCUGGGUGACUAUAGUGUCCCUUUAAAUCAUUACACAUUCCUUUUUGUUUAUUAUUAGAUGCCUUGGUAUCUGAGAAUUUAACAUAGCAAUUGUAAAGUAAAGGAUCGUUAUUUGUAUAAAUAUAAUUACCAGCAUUAAGUCUGUAUGAAGAUUGAACGUAUAUCAUUGGUAUGUGUACUUUUUAUUUAUUUACAAUUAUCCAAUAAGGUAUACCACACAAAAUGUACACUUCAAUUUAAUGUAUUUGUAAUUAAUUGUGAUGCCAUUUUGCACUCUAGGUAUAUUAUCUCUAUUGGAUGUGACAGAAGGAUCAGUAUUUUCCCAGUAAGUGUUAACUGCUGUACACACAUGACUAUAGUAAUUAGAAAAGCAUAACACUAAUGAAAAGGGAUAACUCACAUUUGCAUGCACAGAAUGGUACAAUUCAAAUAAGGUAUAACAUAUAGGCUUUAAUACCUGAAUCAUAAAAAGAACUAGUGAACGUUGGAUGUCCAAAUUAUAAGUCAUAUGCGCAUGUUAAAGGGAAACUAUAGGCACCCAGACCACUUUAGGCCAUUUAAGUGGUCUGGGUGCAGUGUCCCUGUCAGUUUAACCCUGCAACUGUAAUUAUUGAUAAACUGCAAUUGUUACCAGUGGUGUAUCCUGGUUUUGUGCUGACAAAACUCAAACAGCCACUAGAGGUACUUCCAGGUCAUUAGGCAACUUUUGGUCACCUAACUGAAGCUGAAUGUCUUCACAUUUUGCACGAGGACAUCAAGGUUCAGCAAAAACCCCAUUCUUUCCUAUGGGGUAGUCCUAAAGCAAAUGCGGCACUUGCCGCGCAUACGCAUUAGGACCCCUUGCCGGCUGAUGUCGGUGUAGGAUGAGCUGAGGCAGAGCCUGACCCAAUGCCGAGGGAUAUCAGCCCUCGAAUCAGGUUAGUGACAGAAGGGUUUUUAACCCUUUCAAUGCUACAGGUUGGUGGUGGGGGGGCACUAUUGGGUACUGUAGUGCUAGGAAUAUAACUUUUUAAUACUUGCACUUUAGUUUCCCUUUCAAAAGACACUUUAACAACUGCAAUGCACUGUAAUGGCUAUGGUACCAGGAGUUUCCUGGUGCCACCCAUUGUAAGUAGUGAAACUAUUUUAGAACGGUUUGACUUCUUUUUAGUUGUUUAUAAUGGAGGUGAUGAAUGGCACCUGACAAAGCAAAGUUAAGAAGGCACUCAAGGAACCAUAACCACUACAGCACACUUAACUUUGAAUCCCUAGCAAUUCCCAAGUGCAUAACUCUGUGGGAAUUAAUAAAUACAUAUCAAAUUAUGGGUAAUUAAUACUGAAUUGCAAAAUUCAUAGAAUAUUCAGCCUGAAAAUAGCUUAUUAGUAUAAUAUUUUCUAAUCUGAACUUUUUGCCUAAGCUUUGAAAUUCAUUUUUCAGGUCACUAUAAUUUGUUGUUCAGAAAAUAAACCCCUGCCUAUCAUCAUUUUACUUCUUGUAGUACAGGCGUGCCCAAAAGGUAGAUCCCCACAUGUUUUAAAACUAAAGCUUCCAUUAUGCUUUGGCAUUCUAAAAGCAUUCUUAAAGGCAUUAUGGGAGCUGUAGUUCUACAAUGUCUGGAGUUCUAUCUUUUUGGCACCCCUGUUGUAGUAUACAUGUUGAUAUCAAUAGUAAUUCCAGUUAGGGAUAUUCCCUAAAAGGGUCACUGUCUGGCUUUUCAGAAUUGCCCUGGAUGUACUUGUGUUGCUGUAUGUAGUAUGUAGCUGUAAUAACUAUUAUCUUUUUUUUCUCCAAAGGAUCAUCAAGAUGCAGUGAUAUCUGAAGAUGAAUAUCCACAGUGCAGUUUGAUUAACAAUAUGGUAAAGAAUACCAAGUCUAACACUUAAAGAAUCACUAUAGGGUCAGGAACACAAACAUGUAUUCCUGACCCUAUAGUGUUAACACCACCAUCUAGCCCCCCUGGGCCCUCCAUGCCUCCAUAAACAAAUAUGGUAAAAAUCUUACUGUAUUCAAGCCUGAAGCUGUAAAUCUGCAUGCUGUUAGACUCAGAAAAACAAGCAGUCUGCUGACAUGUGGUAGCCUGAUCCAAUCACAAUGCUUCCCCAUAGGAUUGGCUGAGACUGACAAUGAGGCAGAUCAGGGGCAGAGCCAGCUUGAUUCAAACACAGCCCUGGCCAAUCAGCAUCUCCUCAUAGAGAUAAAUUGAAUCAAUGAAUCUCUAUGAGGAAAGUUCAGUGUCUGCAUGCACAGGGAGGAGAUACUGAAUCACAGGAUGCUGUGCACAGUGCUGCCCUGUGCUCUGCUGACAGCAGAUCUGAGUGGAUGGAGGCAUAUUAUUCCUCCAUCAACUCCGAAGUCCCUCUGGUUCACUUUGAGUGACUGCAACUGUUUCUAGCUUUCAAUGUAAACACUGUAUUUUCUCAGAAAAUACAGUGUUUACAUGAGAAAGGCCGCAGGGAGCUAUAGUUCUCACCUGAACAACCUCAUUAAGCUGAAGUUGUUCAGGUGACUAUAGUGUCCCUUUAAUUCAAAGAUUUACUUAAGUAUACAAAAUCACGCCUGUCCUUUUAGUAUUACAAAGUAAAUACGAAUAGCAUAUGCAUCAACAGCAUAGUUUGUAGACCGCAUUAAACCAGAGCAGGAGUGAACGAAGGGAAAAGGGAGAAAGUAGCAGGGAAAAUAAUUAAAGGACCACUUUUUGUACCAUAACAACUUCUUUACAUAUCUUCUUUUACUCACUUUUCUAAAUGCAAGCUACUGACAGGCUGAGAGCAACAACUGAUCAUCAUCAGUGGCCGUUAGACUUUGUCAGACUUUGGGGUUAAACCAUUCCUUUUAAAGUUUAAUCUGUUCUGGUAACAAGGUGCCUGGGACAUCAUUGCACCAUAACAACUUCAUUGCGAUAUUAUUCUGGUGCUCCGGCUGUCCCAUUAAUUGUUUUUGUUGAAAGAUGAUUUUAUAAAGCUGUAAGCUCUUUAUGAAAUACACACGCUGACUGGAUUGGAAUUUUGUUGAAAUUUCAUUGAGGGACACUAGUAUGCCACCUCACACUGCUUGAAAACCACUGAUGUAAAUCCAAGUUUCAGAGGAUGAUUAGUGAAAGCAAGAGAAAGAGUAGUGAAGCUUAGUGUCCUUCACAUUUGGUGAUAAUAAUGCUUUAAGGUAAUUGGAAGUGUGACAGUUGGUGCCCUAUGGGAGAUAGCACAUCUCGACAUGCUGGUAACUUGACUGGGAAUUAAAUACUAAAACUGUUUGUUUACUAGCACUAAAUACAAAUGCAGUUUGUUAUUGUCUAUAGUACUACAGAGUUAAUGAUCUCUGAUGAGCUACAGAUGGGCUGCCUGAUGAGCUACAGAUGGGCUGCUAAAAUGAAGUGGAUGUAAUUAGAUUGUUUGGCUCCAUCUAAUUCUAAAAGAAAGAAUUUGUGCCUGAUUAUCAGAAUUUUACAAAUGUAUAUAAUAUUAUUAUUACAUAUAAGGCGCCUACUAAUUCCACAGCUAUGUAUCUUAAUUCACUUGUGUCUUGUUGCUCGCAGUAUUCUAAUGUAGCUUGAGAAAGUGUGUUGUUUAACAAGACAGUUGCUAGGAGUUUAACAUAGCAAAAGUGUUCGAAUGAGAGAAGUAGUCUAACAACAUAAUUAGUGUUUUCGAGGGCAAUUGUAUAAUUAGACAGAGAGAGUAGACACCUGUCUAACAGCAUGUCCAAAUGGUGGACCUUGGGUUCUUACAAUACCCUGACCAAAACUCCCUGUGCACCCCCCCCGAAGCACUUGGUAUUUUCUUUGAUUAUCAAGACAUGAAUCAUGGCUCCUGGACUAUGUGAGAUCUCUGCUUGGCCCUGCCUACCCUCCUUUAGAUAUCUACCUACAACUGCCACAAUGAGAGGAGGGAGAAAGGGGGGAGAAAUAGAGCAGGAAUGGCCACCUCUUACAGCAGGCCCAAUAAACAACUAAAUGGCCACCUCGUUAAGGUACAUACUACAUGCAGACAUACACACACAGAGAUAGAUACAGACACAUGCACACCUACAUAUACAGACACACUCACUGUAUGUGUUUGUGUGUAUACACCAUUUUCUAUCAUAUUUAAAUUAUUUUUGCUUUUUUUGGGGGGGGGGAGUGGAUUUGGACAAAUGCAUGGGAGGGUUUCUCUACCUUUCAAUGCUCAAGGUGUAACUACAGCCCUAUAAUAUAUAUAUAUAUACAAUAAAAAGGUGAACAUCUGUUUUAUUGUAUAUAUCUGUUUUGUUUUUCACAAGGUUAAGGGAACCUUAACCUUGUUGGUGAAUUGCAGCUUAUUUAUAGAUAGAUAGCACUUAUUUCUGUUUUUUACUAUAAUAUAUAUAAAAGGAUUCCUUGCACCACUUUUUACAUUACAUUAUCCAACCACAAUUCUCCAUCUUCCUGUACCUGGCGUUAUCUACACUCUAAUAAAAGAUUACAAAUUUAAGAAGAAAUGUUGCAAAUGUGAGCAUUCUGUUUUUGUCUAUAAAGCCCAUUUAGACAUCUUUAUACAUAGUGUUAAGACACAAAGGUAAACAUAUGACUGUCACGGUGCCAGAUCAGUGCGGUCGCACUAAAGGAGUGAGAGGUUACUCACCUUACAUCCAGAGCCUCUCCCUCCGUGCAGUUCUCCAUACAGCGGCCAGGUCCAGCGUUAGAAAGGCUGCUGCAAGGCAGCUCUAUAUAAUAAUGCCGCCCACAAUGACGUCACUAAUGACGUGAACGUGUGUGCGGCAUCACGUUUUCGCCAAGCAUGCACGUUCUGCGGUCAUGGGACCCAAAACAACCAAUAGCAGGAUUUUCUGGUUUAUUUAAACCCAAACCUGCAUUGAUUCAGUGCCCUGUCAGGGUUUCCAUCCUGUCGGUUAUCCAAGAGCGCGUUCCUGAUACUGUUUAUUGAUCUUGGCUUAGCUUGACUUCCCAUAUGUCUGGGAUCCCUGACCCUUUGGCUUUGUUCUUAUCGUAUAUGUUCCUUUCUGUAUUCCUGACGGCUCGUGAAUGUUUAUUCUAUUACAUUAAAUCCGGCCAUUCUAAAGCCUGAUAAUACAUUGUUACGGUUUGUCUUUAUUACUUAAUUCUGCAUGUUGGGUCACUGGUUCAUCCUGACAAUGACCAAAUACACAGUUAUUUAUACAAAAACCGUACAUAAUAUUUUAUUUCUAGCAUUAUGCAUACUCUGGUGAAUCUUACCUUUGCAUGAGCAAUGCAUCUUAUUGGGCAAAUUUUUGUUUGGUAGCCAAUGAAAACAGGCAUCCAUUUAAAGGUACACUCCAUGGGCACCAAAACAAUUAAUCUAAAACGAUAAAACAAGUUAUUUUGGUGCCAGGAGGUCCCUGGAGACACUCUUACCUGAAGGAGUUAUGUCCACUUCUCCCCUGGUGGCAUCUGGCUUCAGAAAUUUGAGAUUCAGCUGUCGCUCUCAGCCAAUCAGUGACUACCCAUUCACUAAACUUGCUUGAGAAAGGUAUGUUUCUUUCCAAGCCAGUUUAGUGAAUGGGGAGUCACUGAUUGGCUGAGAUUGUCAGCUGACCGCUCUCAGCCAAUCAGCAGGGCCCCUGCCUGGGGGCACUUCGUGCUUCCUGAAUCUUAAAAUUCUGAAGCCGGAUGCCGCCAGUGGAGGAGUGAGCAUCACCAUUGGAAGAGACUUUGGGGUUAAACCAUUUGAGAACCGUUCAAGAAAGAGUGCCUCCAUUAGCUUCCUAGCACCAAAACAAUUUUAUUUAGAUGAAGUUGUUUUGGUGCCUGGAGUGUACCUUCAGUUUAAUUGAGGGUAAAUCUAUAAAAAUAACUUGCAAAUGUUGCAGAUCUCUUAUCUAAAGUCUUUGCAAGCCCUCCUCUUCUGUGACUGUCCAAUGCAGCUCAAUGAGAAGUCUUUGUAAGGCACAUGUUCUGAGCAGUUGCUUCCUCUUCAGUUUAGUUCAACUGAGUUAAACAAACUAGAAAGUAAUAGCACUGAUUGUCUGGGGGCGUAACAAGGUUACUUUAUAAAAUUUCUGUUGGAAUCUGCAGUUUUUGUAAAAUGAAAAAGAGCACACAAUCUUCACACACAAAGCACUUCAAUAAAAACCAAAAUUAUAAGUAAAAAAAUUGCACUGAAUAAAAUUACAAGUAAUUAUAUUAUCAAGCAGCACCAUGAAAAGUGCAAUAACCCAAAAAACACUUCAAGUAAUAUAAACCCCAAAAAGGUGUGCUGUGCCUUUAAAACAAAUUGUUUCAUGCGCCAAUAGCAUAUCAUCCAUAUAUAAUGUGCUUAACUACAAAGUGCACAAUGCAUUGACAGUAAAUCUAUAAAACAGGUUGAUGUGUUAUUGGCACAUGAAACAAUUUGUCUUAAAGGCACAACAAACCUUUUAGAGAUUUAUAAAGCACUUCAGCAAGUGUGUGGAGUGUCUCUUUUACUUUUUCUGACCUCCACCUAAAAUAGCAUUACAAAGAACUCUGCUUUCCUCCAGCUCCUGUUCAUAACUAUCUGUAUAAAUGUAUGUGAACAACUUCAAUGACUGCAACUUGAAAUGCCUUCAGUUAAACGUUUUACAAACCACUAAACUAGAUGUAUACAUUUACAUAUAACAAAUGGCUGUUAAUAUAAAUGUCCAUUCUGGUGUCUUUCCUUCAAUGCACAGCGAAAAGAGAAUGAAGAAGGAAAGUUCUGUGUUGCUUUCUUACCACCAAAUCUCGUAGCAACAACCAGUUAUAAUGGUGAAAUCAUGCUGUGGAAUCUGGCAUCGGGGCACAUAUUAAACCGUCUAAUUGCUUCUACAUGUGAGGAGCCAGAGAAUGGAACAGAUGCUGGUACAUCAACUCUUAUAUAUCAUCUUUCAUGAAAUAUUGCUAAAACGUAGUAGCGGUUAUGUUCUCCGUUAGUACAAGAAUAGGACACUAUUAUUCCCUGUUUAACCCCUUAAGGCCCAAACUUCUGGAAUAAAAGGAAAUCAUAACAUGUCACACAUGCCAUGUGUCCUUAAGGACCGUCCUUUGGCUCGCAGGUACAGAGAGCCCGCCUGCAGGAAAAGAGAAGGUCUCUUUGUCCCGGCAGGCACCGCAAAGCCCGCCUAACUCCCCAGUGCCCCAGAAGUGCCCACACCAAUCUCGAAGCUCCGCUCGUGAGGUCUCUGUGUGAAACCCUGCUCCCCCUGGACGGUAUUCGUCUGUACGAAAUGGCGGCCACUUAUGUUGCAAGUGCGAAUGCUCUGAUUCAUUGGUGUGAAUGUUCUAAUGGGGCACUGGGGAAGUCCUCGUUUGGGAAACAAACGAGUUGGGAAAAAAUCCACGAACUCUGCACGAAUGGUGGCCAGCCGGAAGUGUGCUCACUAAUUGUUUCCCUUUCCGUUUGCGGUUUGACACUAUGUUGCAAGGUAUGAAGAUUCUUAGCUAAUAUUCUAAAUGGGGUAUCGGGGUGGUCCCCGUUUGGGAGGCGAAUGGAUUCCCUUCGUGGAAGCACUCCUGAACGGGGAGCAGGUAGAAGAUACGAAAAGAUGGGGAAACACACAUCAUAUCAGACAGGCAAUUCACGGACCUGCAGCGGUCCCACCACUGAGGGCACCCUCACAGGUGUCGGGGAGAACCUAAAUAGGUUGAUUAAAACUAUAGCAUUAGGAAUAGAUGUUGAUAUUCCUAACACUAUAUAGUGUUCUAUUAAAAGAUUACUCCAAGCACAAUGACCACUUCAGUGGAGUCUGUGUGUGUUUAUUUUAGCUGCACAUACAGAGAUAUUUUAAAUUGCUGCCUGAGAUGUAACUACACUUCGGGUAGCACCAUCAGCAAGAGUUCUCAUGCAGUCUUUAAGGGACCCAAAUAAAAGAGCAUUCCAUUCUUUUGGAAAACCGCAACAGGGUACAGUUAGCACCAUAACAACCACAGUGGGCUGUACUGGUUAUAAUAGAUGAAAUGAUAGAAUUUCUGGCGCUUGUUUGUUUUGCGUGUGUCUGCUUAAACUUCCCAAACCCGAGUCUCCUGCUUCUGGGGGUAUGGUGGGUAAAAAGGGAAAUGCAGGAAAGCAGUACUGGCUAUACUGGUUAUAAUGUUUGUAGUAACCCUUUAAGGAAAAACUGAUUACCACAGAAGUAUAAAAUCAUUAAAGUUGGCGUGCUCUUUAUUGUAAGUAUGGUGGCUCCUCUUAAAGGCCAUCUAUAACAAGCAGGUAUUCUUUUAUUUGCAGAUGAUUUAAUCAUAAACAAAAUAGCUUUCAUCCACACAAGGACUGAACAGAAGGAUGAAUCCGCUGUUUUAGUUGCCAGUGGCCCACAAGGUAAGUUCCAUUUCUACUUCUUGGCAGUGGUGUAUCCUGGUUUUGUGCUGCCCUAGGCAUUACAAAACUCAGGCACCCUGCCCCGCCUUUUAAAUACACACACACAUUCACUGACAUACACACUCACUAACAGACACAUAUAGUCACUAGCAGACACACACAUUCACUAACAGACACACAUACACUCUCACUAACAGACACACACAUAGUAACACACUCCCUAACAGACACACUCCCUGACAUACACACACUAACAGAUACACACUCACUAACAAACACACACACUAACAGACAAACAUACACAUUAACAGACAAAUACACACUCACUAACAGACACACUGACACACUCACCAACAGACACACACACACUCACUUUUUUUUUUAAAUUCAACCUCCCCCAGCCUCCUUACAUUUAGGAAUGCUGGGGGCUGGGGGGUUCUCCCUUUCCCUGGGGUCCAGUGGCUGCUGGCUGCUGGGCGGGCGGCGCUGGCGAGGGAGCACUGAUUAGUGAACUCUCUGCUCAGCUCCCUCGCGCGCCACAGAGUGAUGCCGGGAGCCGGAAUAUGAUGUCAUAUUCCGUAUCCCGGAAUCACUCUGCGGCGCGCGAGGGAGCUGAGCAGAGAGCUCAGGGGAAAGUGCUCCCUCGCCAGCGCCGCCCACCCGCCCGACUGGAUUUUUUUUUAGUUAGCUGCAAGGCUAACAAGACAUUUGCCCUUGGCAUUUGGGGGGCGGCUUUUUUUGCCACCCCCUGGAAAAUGCCACCCAAGGCAAAUGCCUUGUUUGCCUCUUGCUACUAUUAUGGAGGCAGACAUUGAAAAGCUUUACCUGUGCAGAAUACCAAUAUAUCUUUAGUCAAAAAGAAAAACAAGCACUGAUUUAACGGUUUUCAAAUGCAAUAUCUGUAAAUUCUGCAUAUAACAAAUACUUUACUUGUUUUUUAUUUGAAUACCUCUGAUGUCUGUUAAUCAUUUACAAUUAAUUAAUAUAUUUGUAAAUUUUUUUAUUUAGAACGUUUAACUAUGUGGAGACUCUUUAAGGACUUUUCUCAUCCAUACUGAAUGGAUUGGAUUAUUAGUAGGCUAAAGGUUUACUCUGUUCAAUAAAUAUGAAUUCCGCCAUAACAGUCUAUGGGAAUAUUGCUAAUUGAUAAGCAUAGUAAGCCCCCCUUCCCUAAUAAGACAAUCCAGUCCCAUUAAUCAGUCUUGUAUUCAUAAUAUAUCUCCAAAUAUGUCAAUAAUAUAUAUUACUUAAAUAUACAUAAAUAUGUUACCUCUUUUGAAGAUGACGCUAACACUGAAAUCUUUUCUCUCUUUUUGAGGAAGUAUUGAGACAUACACUUUAAUAUAAAUAUACGUUACAUAUAUGAAUACUUUUGCUACAUAAUAUGGUAUUAUUUAGUUAUAUUUUUUUAGAUGAAUUUUUGUGUGGCAUGGUUUUUUAACUUGUACAAUAUAUUUAACCUUUUAUUACUUCUAGUGUGGAACUCCGUUUGUGGUUUGGGCCAUUAGAGACCACUGUAACGUAGCUCCAAUAUUUUUUUAAUGACUAUUAGACGUAGCUCCAUUGUCUAUGGAGUUAGGUUACAGUCAGUUCAUUACUGAAGCUCUUUCAGUGUCUCUUGGGAUUCCAACGUAUACAAACUGUCAGUUUGCAAUCACCCAUAAAAUCCAUACAUUAUAAUCUAUAUCCACAAUGGGAGAAAUCUUGCAAUGUGGUGUGAGAUAUAUAUCUCCCAGUGAAUGUGCAGCUACAAUGCCACAAGUACCAUGAAAUUAGCCAAAUUAAUCUUCCAGAGGUUUAUGUAAGACAAGACAUGAAGUGUCUAGUAAAAUAUCCCCCUAUUUCUCACUCAAAAUAGGGCAAAUGUUACGAGGAAAACAACUUUCACCUCUAAAUACUCUGAUAAAAACACAUAUUUUUCCUCUUUUUAAUCUUGAUUAUCAAAAAUCAUUUUAAAUGUACUGUUAUCCUUCUAUUAUCAAAAAAAAUUACCUGACACUUUUCCUUAACUGACCUCUAAAGUCACUUCAUCUUCAUUGUAUUAACUUUACAAUGUUAAACCUUUUUUUGAAAAAAUAAAAUAAAAAUUGUUUCAUUGAGAAAAAAAUGGCACAAUAAUGAAAUAGUUCUUACAAAGUGGAGAGAGCGCUAUGGAAUAUGUUGCCGCUACAUAAAUGCUAAUAAUAAUAAUAGUUACAAAGAUAGCUUUGGCACGUACAAUCUUCUUCUUUUUGCUCAGUUAUAUGUUUUAUUUUGUGAUUAAAGUACAUGUGUACAUUGUAGAGCGUUGUAGAGAGAUAUAUUUUUGCCAGUUUACUUAAUGUGAUUGUGAUGCCUUAAUGCAGGAAUAUAUAUAUUUUUUUUCCAGGACAGAUCACUUUUUGGAAUAUUUCUGGUGGAGGCAGUAUCUUUGGGAGGUUUGCUGGUGUAAGUGUUGAAUAUUUAUAACAUGAGUUACGGUAAUUGGAUUCAGGCCUUUCCCUGUAAUAAAAUGUCUCCUUAAUGACCGGUACAAGAGGUUUUGUGCAAAGGGCAGUUUAGAAGCAAAUGUCUGAAAGUGAAGCACCUGUAGGACUGACCAAACAACCUUUAGAGCUUUGCCCCAUGAAUGCCUUAUAUACUUCAGUCAUAAAGGCACACUAUAGUCACCACUUCAGAUUAAUGUAGUGGUUCUUGUGUCUAUAGCCUGUCCCUGCAGGCCUUUUAAUGUCAACGCUGCCUUUUAAUUGUGGGGGCAGCACACUUAGGGCUACAUAUAGGGAGCAAGAUUUGAACUCCACACGUAAAAGGAAUCAGUGGACCCCCAAGAGUUGGCAAGUAUUUCCACAGAAUAGCAAAAGGGUAGGAGAAAGGCAUCUUACGAAGGGAACUUGUUUGCACAAGGGCUGAAUAAGCAUGUGUGAGUGUGUGUUGUGGCUGUAUGUCUGUUUCUCUAUAAUUGUGUGCCUCUAUGUCUGAAAAUAUAGAGGACUGUAAAACUCUUAAACCAUUCAAAGCAUAAGUUGAUGUUGGAUAUAGAGCGAGAGUGGGAAUAUUAGAGGGCUUAAAUCAACCUAAUUGGGAGGGGCCAUAAAAUGUAACCUUUGGCUGAAGCCCCUGGCAGCAAUGGAGAACAGGUAGGUUUAAAACCGUUUUACUCCAUUUUGAAAGGGUGGAUGGGCUAAACCGAUACUCCAGCAACAUAAUGUUAGGAACACGUUUAUAUUCGUAAUACUAUAGUAUUCCUUUAAAGUGUCACAUGCCGAUCCCUGCCAGGUGAUUGCAGUACAAUAGUUCUGAUGCCUGCUGACAUUGUCCGUUGUUGUUUUGCAGUCCCAUUAUAUGUCUGUAGUGAGUGACCUAGCUAUCAGUGAAGAUGGAUCCCUCCUGUGUGCAGCGGACAACAUGCAUUAUGUGUAUCUCUGGGAAAUAUCACAAUAUGCUCUGCAAGAACCAGAGGUGGAGCCCCCUACAUGUGAGUUACAUGCUUUGCAUUGUACAUACUGGAAUAAUGCAUGUGAGAUGUAAGAUACAUAUAUAUAUAUAUACAUAAUGGAUUGCUGUGAGCUGUAUGAUGGUAUCUUCUGGGAGAUCCUGUACAUGAACUGCUAAAAUUAAUAUUAUGUCUUUAUUUCUCUUUAAAUAGUGCUUCAUUGUUGGAGAGCACACCAGCAUAAUAUCACCAGGUAUAUUGGAACCAUUCUUUUUAUUAAUGGUAUUAGCAUUUGUAUAUAGCACUAAUAUAUUCCGUACAGCACUGCAGACACUGACUAAAGGGUGUUACAAGACUGUGUGUCACAGAGAAACAGACUGACUGAAUGGGUUUGGAGGGACCAGCUAAUAAAUGUGAGAUCUAGAAGGGAACUGGGCAGCUCGUGGAAAUGGAAGCUGGAUUGUAGAGGUUAUAAGUGUUAGAUUUGGUAUAAUAAAAUAUUAAUUCACCUGUUCUAGUAUUCAAAUAAAACCAAUAAACCAACUAAGAAAUGUUUAAAGCCAACAUUUGCAGCCUCCUUGCCAUAAUCAAUGAUCACAUGAUAUAUGUGACAAUGCGACCUACAUUUUACUGCCAUCUAUCACAUACUUUCCUAGGAGCAGUAAAGAAGAGAUCGAGUACUUUACACAGCUCCUUCAGGUUCUGGCAUCAGAUAAAGAUUGUGUUGGUGUGGAGUAGAAUCUGGCAGCCUUUUAAUUUGGAGGGGGGACGGCAGAGCACGCAUCUGUUAAUCUGUACUUUAGUUACACUUCUGAUAUUUCACUUAUUUCGUGAGAAACUUCAGUAUUUGUUCAAUAAAUAUUUAAAGUCUCACCAUUUUUUUUUUUUAAUCAGAGUGAUACCUGUGAUUAAACACAUGCUGGUAAUUACUUCUUCUUCGGAUUUCACCUUGAAGCUGUGGUCAAUGCAAGGAGAAUAUAUGGGUAUGUUCUAGGUUUGGUAUAAAUGUGCAUGCUUUUUGCUUUUUGUGCUCUAUAUGGAUGCCCAGGUGUUGUAUGCAGUGAUCUUGCAUUUUCUCCCAAGUAACAGUGCGCCUGUUGGCUCACAUGCAACCAAAGAGCCCAUUUAUCCCCGCGGGUCUUUGUCUGCAGACUCCCUGACUCUCAUGAGAGAAUUGGGCUGGAAGCUGCUUGUCAUUACCAAUGAAAGACUGGUCAUGUCCCUGGCACUGACUGCAAGCCCCCUCUUUUUCCCCAGCACAGGUUUGUCAAAGGCUGCAGACAUGUGAUCAGCAGCUUUUGCAAGCUGUUUUUAGAUUUGCUGCCAAUAAAAUAAUAAAUGCAUGCAUGUUUUCUUUAGGGGCAUACCUACAAAAUUGUUUUUGUUGUAAAAAAAAAAAAAUUGCAUUGGAGUGUUCAUUUAACCUUUUAAUUCAGAAUGUCACCAAUGGCAGAAGGAAUUGACAAAUUACAUGGAUGCUCCACCUUUUCUCAACCUGGACCUUAAAUAAAAAAAGAAGUCUCUGAUUAUCUGAUCUUUUGAUUUGUGCUGGAAUUUCAGUGAAAUUUCAACAUGGUCAUUAUAAGUAUUUCCUAGAUUAUUCUAUCUUUAAGAAAUACUGAAAAGUGUCUGAGCCACUUUAAAGUCAUGUUCAUUAAUUUAUGUGAUUUGUUUCUAGGGACAUUUGGUCAAACAAAAUCAUGGCAGAUUAAAAUAACAGCAUCCUCGAAAGAGCAAGAUUUUGACACCAGUAUGAUUGCUCAGGUCCAAUCACCUCUGUCAGAGAGGGGAGCCAAUUCUGAGGAAUCACCAGAAAAUCAAAUCAUUCCUCCGGAGGUGAAACUUGUUCCUUGUAUAUAGUGCAACACAAAUGUUUUACACAAACUGCACUUUAAAAUCAGUUGUUACCAUUUUGUUUGUGGUUUAAACCUGUACAUUUUGCAUAAGUGUACAUGAUAAAGUUUUUAUUUUUUGUAUAUAGAACAGUGGGACUAUGCAGACAUGUUUUUUAAAAUCAUAAUUUAUUUAGCGUAAUAGAAUAUUAACAUAGUGAUACUGAAAUAUUAAUACUAUAGAGACACUGUUAUAGGCAUGUUUUAUAUCUCUUUUUUUAACGUUAGGCAGAAUUAGCUGGUGAUAUAAAAAUCUACUAUAAUUGGAUAUUACUACAUUGCUGUAAUGUCUGUACAAUAGAAUUACCGGGUCUAAUUACAUAAUCUAUAGAUAUAUUGUAUGUUUGAGUCCCUUCUGUUAAACUGAGAUCUAUUGAAAAACUCUACAAAGGCAAACAUUGGUUACAGGCAGUCAGCAAACACAGAUAACCGAAAGUUAAAACUUACUAUAUACAAGAUCCAACUUUUUUUUAAGUGAAAAGAUCUUAGGGACUUUGACAAGGACCAAAUAGUGAUGGCUUGUUGGGUGUUUCUGGUAUGCAGUGGUUAGUACCUACCAAACAUGGUGCAAGGAAGGACAACUAGUAAACCAGCGUCAUGGGCGCCCAGGGUUCACUGAUGCAUGUGGGGAGCAAAGGUUAGCCUGGCCAGUCAGAUCACGCAGAAGAGCUGAAAAACCUAAUGUUGACCAGGAUAGAACGAUGCCAGAACACAAAGUGCGUCACAAUUUGCUGGCUGCAUAGCCGCAGAUCAGAGUGGCCAUGAUGAUCCCUGUCUACAACCUAAAUCACCUUCAAUGAGGAUGUGAGCAUCAGAACAGGACUUUGGAGCAAUGGAAGAAGGCUGCCAGGUCUGAUGAAUCACAAUUUCCUCUAAAUCAGGUGCUGGGUCUUGACACUCAUGUGGAUGUUGCUUUGAUACAUACGACCUGCCUAAAGUUUGCAGACCACAUAUAGCUCUUCGUGACAAUGGUGUUCCCUGAUGGCAGUGGCCUCUUUCAGCAGGAUAAUGUUAAUGCUAAUGUCUUGGUGCCAGAUACCACAGGUCAUGUUCAGAGGUCUUGUGGAGUCCAUGCCUCGCGCCUUGACGCAUCAGAGCUGUUUUGGCAGCACUAGGAGGACAUAGACAAUAUUAGUCAGUUGGUUUUAAUGUUGUGGCUGAUCAUUAUAUAUUAUGUUAGUUUGUUUUCAAUUGCUCAUUUAAACACCCCGAGAACAUUAACAAGGAACAAUACAAUGAGUUUACCACCUAUGAUUUAUUAAUAUUGCAUUUUAAUGAAGCUAUUCUACAUAACUUAGUACUAAAACAUAUAUAUUCGAUUUUAGAUGCCCGCUCAUGUAAUUUUUGUAGAUGACAAAGACAUUGCAGAGGAGCUAAAGAAAAGAAAUCUUCUAAACUCAAAAAGCAGGUAAUGCCCUUACACUUUACUAUCAUACAGCAUUUGAGAGGCAAGGUGGAUGGAAAUUCUAAAAUAUGAAUUAAUGCUUUAAAGAACAAUUAUUGAAUACUUGGUUCUAUAGUUUAUGUGCAAGGAAAAAAAAUACAAUGUAUUUUAAAUAUAUAUUUUUGAGAAUGUAAAUAAAUUCUGCCAAACCACAAGAUUAUUCAGUAAAGUCUGGAUUUUGUCAGAAUAGACAAAAUUUUGUAAAAAUGUCAGAAUUCUGACCAUAAUGGCAGUUCUUGUAUUCCAGGCAGAAUGUGGUCAGGGGCGUUCAAUGUCUAGUUUUAAAUCAGUGCUUUUUUUUCAUUCAAAACCAAAAUGUAGGAUUUGGAAUAUGCACAAAACAGUGAUUUUAAACAAAAUCCAGCAGGAUGCACAUUUGCAAAUUAUCCUUCACUUGCUUUUGCAAGUGAACAAUAAUUUGUAGUACUAUAUGCCCACUAGUAGCCAGCAUGUAAAUAGUUAAAGAAACUCUUUGAUGCUGCAAGGGCCAGCACAUUAAAAAAAUUAAAUAAAUAACUAAAUCAAUGUGGGUCAAUAUUAGUAUAAGGGAGGCAUUUCAAUUUCAUACAUACUAUCUACAUAUCUAAUGGUGGGUGGGCAGAUCACUCUGCUUUGGGUGGGAGUAAUAUAUGUGAUAGGGUGGAUGACAUGCUCUUGAUCACUCCCAGAAGUGGGCCGCAGUGGCUAGGUGUCGCCAAAAUGAACAGUCACCCCUUACCCUAAUAAUAGUGAGGAGGCUAAUAAAUCUAAUACAUGUAAGAAAAAGAGGAAAUAAACACUACUUACCUCCAAAAGUCUAUUUCUUUUAAAGUCUUCAUUACUUAAACCACAUCUCCCACCCCCCAAAAAAAAUCGACUAAAACCGUACACUACUAUUAGAAAUUAAAAAAUUACAUCCAAGUGAGGGCUCUGCACAGAAUGAGCUUUCUAUGAGGGAAAAGUCUUUAUAAAGGCUUAUCCAUGCUUUAAAUUGUCAGUAGAUCCAUCUGACUGGUUGACUUGUAAGGCAAGUCUCAUUUCUGUGUAGUAAAUAAAAAUGAAUGGGACGAAAUCUGGCACAAUUAAUUUUUCCGAUAUAUGUAGCCAUUCAAUAAUAGGUGCUGUGUUGUUGAAACGUAAACGUUGUAAAAGAAGCUUUAAAGUUUACUUCAUUCACAAAACAAUGAUUUUCAGAGAAAUUGAAUCUGAACGGGAAAAACUGAUUUGCAAAAACUCUCCAACUCUGGUAUAUUCAUAACUUGGCUGUUUGCCUCAGUUUUAUCACUACAAUUGAAUUCACACCAAUUCUGAAUUCGGUUUUAAUAGCUCAGGAUUAUAGGAGUUACAGUUUACAGUUUUGAGCCAUAGCUAUCUAUACACGUAAUUGUCAGCCAUUUAAAACAAAGCUGCAAAUUAGUUUGAUUAUCUUUCUGAUCAUUAUACGUGAUCAGUGUGGGCCACCUAUUCCAAAGAAUAGUUUCUUAAAAAAUAUAUAAAUAUUAUAAAAACAUAUGACAUUAGAAAAAACAUAUGAAAAACUCAAAUCAAUUGAACCUUUCACAUGCUAACUACAUCUAAGUAGUGUUUGUUUAAUUAGAUUGAGAAUUUUGUUGCUAUAAUUAUAGUUUACAUGAAAUUUGUAUGAGGUUUAUUAAACUGUGUAAUGUAUACAAUGAAUAGUUAAAUACAUUUCUUUCAAAUGUUUAUUUUUAAAAUUAUGUUAAUAAAUGAAAAUGGUAUUGAUCUGGAAGAUAAUAUAUCUGGAAGAUAAUAUAUCUUUCUGGAAGUUUCUGGAAGAUAAUAUAUCAGGUAAUGAUCACAAGCAGAAACAUAUUUACAUAACUAGAAUACAGUGGAUGAGAUAAUGAACUAGAAGUAGUAAGUUAAAUGUGUUAAAGGGACACUAUAGUCACCUGAACAACUUUAGCUUAAUGAAGCAGUUUUGGUGUAUAGAACAUGCCCCUGCAGCCUCACUGUUCAAUCCUCUGCCAUUUGGGAGUUAAAUCCCUUUGUUUAUGAACCCUAGUCACACCUCCCUGCAUGUGACUUGCACAGCCUUCCAUAAACACUUCAUGUAAAGAGAGCCCUAUUUAAGCUUUCUUUAUUGCAAGUUCUGUUUGAUUAAAGUUCAAUUUAGAGAUUGAGAUACAAUUAUUUAAGGUAAAUUACAUCUGUUUGAAAGUGAAACCAGUUUUUUUUUUUCAUGCAGGCUCUGUCAAUCAUAGCCAGGGGGAGGAGUGGCUAGGGCUGCAUAAACAGAAACAAAGUGAUUUAACUCCUAAAUGACAGUGAAUUGAGCAGUGAAAUUGCAGGGGAAUGAUCUAUACACUAAAACUGCUUUAUUUAGCUAAAGUAAUUUAGGUGACUAUAGUGUUCCUUUAAUGUCAUAGAGACCAAUAGAAAACUUAUAAUACUGAUAGAAUAAUGAAUACAUUUCUAACACAUGACUUAACAUUUCUUUAUAGCAGAGUAAAAAUGUCUGGUACGAAACAAGUAUACCUCCAGCCAGCCUAUGGAAGACUGAAUGCAUACAAAUCGUUGGAAAUAUGUGAUUUAAUGAGUGUGUCAACCACCAUCCGAAAGCCAAAUCCAGCAGCAGAACUCAAUGACCCAUACGACCUGGCAUUCUAA